AGUCGUUAACGGGCAGCCUGGUAACGGUGCACCUCCGCCUAAUCUCCACCUUGAAAGGAGCGGAGAUUAAGGGGGACAAGUGGGCAUAGCAGGAGAGGAGAGGGGGGGAGGCGAAGGUGGAGGAAGACAACCGAGGAGAGAAGGACGAGUAGAAGAGAAAAGAGACGAAUGAUGAAAGGGGGGAGGAGGAGGAGAGCGGAUCAUUCCGGCUGCCCGCAUCUGCUGCUCCAGUGAAGGGGUUCGAAAGAGAAAAGAGAGGGAGAGAGAGAGGGGGCAGAGGACAUGGCACAGCGCUUCGGCAUCCAAAACACACGGGAGUGGUACGCCACCGAGACCGGAGCCCUGCUGGACCCACCCGAAGCAGAAACAACACCAGCAGAAGCAGCAGCAGCAGCAUUCAACUCACCGCACUCCUGUCACGCCUCUUCCCCGCCAAGUAGCGCCUCAUCACCGGUUAGAGGUAAGCGGACGAAUCGGUGUUUGUUCUUGUUCAUAAACUUAAGCGAGAUAAGGAGAGGAAUGAAAAACUCAAAGGAAAAAAUAAUGUUAGUGUGAGUUCAUCGUUCAGCCUGUUUUUGUUGAAGGAUACACGUGUUUUGAGCUGAUUCAGUUCCAGCUUUAUAGAGCAGGGUCUCAUAUUUAUCACCACUCAUGUCCUUUACUGAUCUUUUGGAUAGUCUAUUCAGAAUAAACAACACGACCAUUUACUGGCUAUUGAAAAAUGAUUGUAGUUUUCCACACCAGUCAUUAUUGUCAUCACUACAAUGAAUAUGAAAACGGAUAAACAAAUGUUUUAACUUGCACUUCUUUAGUUUUCAGUCUUUACCUAUUAUUUUUUCAUUUGCAUCUCAAUGAAUGCAUGCAAAGCUACUUCUGUUGAUGUAUUUCAUAAUCGCUUGUGUGACGAAAAUUGGAAAAUAUUCAGAGUUUUGUAGUUGUCUGAAGCAAAAAUGCAAACUUCCACGUGAAGUCUUGUUUUGUAUUCAUUUCCAGCGCCCUCCCGUGGAAGCCUCCUCCUAGUUACAGAUUAAACCAGCACUAUAGUGUGGAGACAAUCACAAAGGAGACAGAUGUGAUGUUUUCCUUAAGUUUGAAUAAUAAGAUAUUUCUGAGUCAAACAAUUCUCAGUGUUUUAAACCCCCUCAUUUCUUGUCAAGGUUUAAAUCACAAUUUCUUUGACUUUUUGUGGUGAAAUAAAACUCCAGAGACCCCCAACAGAAUUAGAGAAGUCAUUAAAGAGCCACUUUUAUGGCACAUUUAUGAUUAGAGCGAACAAUCCGACUUAUAAUUCAGUUUCAGGCGUACAUAAAUCCCAUCAGGGUUAUUCUCCUCCAUUUCUCGCCUUCCCAGUUUCACAUUGAAGAAAUAUGACUGGUGGUCUUUCCUCUAUGACCUUCUCUUAGCGUGUGUUCUCUAAAGGCGAGGAACAAGGAGAGAGGGAUGGGGAACGUGAGGAAGGACUAUUGAUAUUCAAACAGACAGAAGGAGAGAAAGAGGGGGUGUAAAAAGAUAGAGAAAAGGGGGAGAGUGAGGCAUAGAGAGAGAAAAGAGGGAGAAAGAGAUGCUGUGGGAUCUUUUCUUCUCUCUGGCUCCCGGCACAUACAUUAAGAUGCUAAUCCUGGUCUUUUUUGUCUCUUUCUAUAAUUCAUUGCAUUUUGUUCCUCUCCCUUCUCUUUUUCUCUGUCUCUCUCUAUCUUAUUUCUUCUUUUUUUUUCUCUUGCUCUCCAUUUCCUCUGUUCUGUCAUCGGCUCCCCCUAGAUUAGUGCUCCUGGCAAAAGGAUUCCAACUCUAAUUUUGUGGUAUUUCAGAUGAUUAGGUUCAGAAAUAGGACAGAAGUGCAUGGAGUUUGGCGCAAUUAGAGGAAUUCUCCGUAGAGCUUUGCGGGGCUGAUUAGUUGUGCUCCCAUCCACCUCCCCACAUCACCGUAUUAACACACAACCAGCUGCUGUUUAUUCCUAAGGAUCGACUUUUUUGUGUUUGUUUGUGCUUUUAACUGGUGUGUCGCUUCGUGUGUGUGCGUACGCCAGAGGUUGGAUAAGCCCUAAGGAUGCGAGUUGUUUUCAAUCAGCUCUGUAGUUACCAGCUGUGCCCUCGCAGUCCCCAGGGUGGCACAACCUAGGUGCACACGCACACACACGCACACACAGAAACAGAAUUAAAGCAUACUAUUCAACCUUGCCCAACAAACUCACUCUCUUUUUUUCCUUGUCCCUUCUCUUUGCAGACAUUAAUCAUCGCUUUCUGCUCUUCUGCAUGUGAGGAUUAGAAGCAGAGUACCUCAGCUGCAUUUCCUCUAAAUGAAGACCUCUGUUCCCCGAAAUCUGACACAGCUUUCCUCUCCACCUGCCAUGGUGACAUGACACAUCCCUGGGUGCUCCUGUCUCUCACAAAAAGACAAUCUCUUGGGAUCCUCAAACCCACAAACUAGCGUGCACACUCUUCCUGAAAAACAAAAAAAAAGACAUCCCAUCCUUCUACACAGGACACCUUUUUCAGCGAUGACGGUGGCAGUGCGUUUCCGCCGCCACCUGCGUAGGCUCCUGCUCCUGCUCGCCUCCUGCUGCCUCCUCUCCCUUCUCCUUUCUGCAUACUUUUUGUUUACAAACUCCUCUCCAUCCAUGCAGCUCGGACAAUCCCCUGAACCCGCCUGCGCCCAGCCGCUCUCCAUGUCCCCGUACCAUCAACUUCCAUACCCCUACCCGCCAAAUCCUCCGCACACGCACAUACACACCGACCCAGUGGUGCUGGUGCUGGUGGAGUCUCAGUACUCCCAGCUGGGUCAGGACAUUGUGGCUAUAUUGGAGUCGGCACACUUCCAGUUCCGCAUGGAGAUCGCCUCAGGGAAGGGCGACCUACCGCCGCUGACAGAGAAAGGCAGAGGACGUUAUUCACUUAUCAUUUAUGAGAACUUGUUAAAGUAUGCACAUGCAGACACAUGGAACAGACAGCUGCUGCACCAAUACUGCACCGAGUACAGAGUGGGCAUCAUCGGUUUCUACCGCUCCACGGAGAACUCUCCUCCGCUCCUUAAACUUCGAGGCCUCCCGCUGGUGCUGAGAACCAACCAGGCUCUGUGGGACUGCUGCGUGGUCUCCAGCUCCCCUCUCCUCCACCUGACCAAACCCGGCACAGAUCGCGGGGCUUUACCCGGAGAGGACUGGACUUCCUUCUCUUCAAAUCACUCAACAUACCAGGCCGUACUGCACGCCAGGGCCAAGGAUGGAUCAGGGGCAGGCAGCGGAGAUCACUCUGGGCCUGGGUUUAGUUCAGGCCUUCAAGCGACUGUGGUUCAGGACAUGGGGCUCUUUGAUGGGGUGAGGAGGGUGCUGUUUGGCCAGGGACUGGGAUACUGGCUGCACAGACUCAUCCUGGUGGACGCCAUCUCUUACCUCACAGACAGGAAGCUAACUUUAGGUCUGGACCGACACAUACUGGUGGACAUAGACGACAUUUUCGUGGGGAAGGAGGGGACGCGCAUGAACGCCAAGGAUGUGAAGGUAAUGGGGUGUGGAGGGUGUGAUACUUUGAAGAGAGAUAGAAACCUCUUUUCUAGGGUGACCGUUUGUCCUCUUUUACCCGGACGUGUCCUCUUUUUUGGGGAUGUCUGGGUCUGUCCGGGGAAGUUUAUGAAAUCCUUUAAAUGUCCGUGGUUUUGUACAGAAGUUUUGAGUUUGUGUCUCGUGGACUUACUGAGUUAGAGGCGCGUAAAAGACAUUCAAUCCGACCGAAAAAUGCUCAAAAUGAACUUUGUGCGACUCCGUGACUCUAUCGACGAUCACUCUACCUUUGCACACAUGCACCUCUCUUUUGAAACUUUCCUGUUAAUAGAACUUGUACUUGUAAAUCCCAGAAACAGUGGCCAUUAGUGACAUCUUCUACAUGACCCUAACCUAAGUUUUUUAAGACGUGAUGAUAAGCUCGACUUUCUAUCUCUUGUUACAUAAAAAUGUCUGAAAGGAACGUUAAGAAAAAGUCAGGACCUGUCAUGUCCUGAUGUUGGUCUUAAAAGUUUUUUUUUCUUUUUGAAGAAGCUAGAGUAGGAAAAAAAGAAAAUAAAUGUAUGUCGGGUCAGUGCUGAAAGGUGAGAUUCUUUAUUUUUGAUUGCAUCUCUUGAAGAUUAUAUCUAAGAGGUCGAUACGAGGAUGCUUAACUUAAAGCUGUUAACUUGAAAAAACUUUCUGAAGGACUUGAGCUCAGACAUGAAUUCAUCAAGUGGGUAUUUUGGAAAGCUCAUGUUAUGUUGAGUGCGUGUUAAUGGCUCUGUGUGUUGUGCACCGUUGGCAUAUGUGUUGGGCUACAGCGAGAGGGUAUUUAUCUCAAAAGGAGGUUUAGCCAGAAGCAAAGAGGCCAUUUAAGGGAACAAAGAUGUGCAGUGAAUGAGAGAAAAGAGAGAGGUGAGAGAGAGAAAGAGAGGUAGUGAAUGAGGCAGUGAAAAGAUGAAUGGCACUUAUUCCUCUUUUCCCACGUUCCCCCUCGAAGGGAAACUAAAGGAGAGUCAGCCAUGCAGCCCGCCUCUCAAGACAGCUAUUGUUUCAACACACACGCUUGCAUGAGCAAACACACAUACACACACAUACACGGGCGCAGACAUAAGAGGAAGUGCACCCAAACAGAUGAAGUUUUCGCACACGCUCACAUGUGUGUAAACCCGUAUUUCUGUAGGAAUUUAACAUUUUUCAAAAGGGGUUUGGUGGAGUGGAGAUAAAACGCUUCUGCACCAGGAAUUCUGUUUGAAGACUGUGGUCACAUUCUCCCGCUGCGUCCUCACUCAGGGCCACUCAAGAGAAACAAAUUGUGUUUGGUGGGUUUUCAUGUGUGGCACAGUGUGUCUAUGUAUGUGUGUUUCUUUUGUGUGUGUGUGUGUGUGUGUGUGUUAGGGGGGGUUAAAGGCAGGUGAGAUUUAUUCUUCUCUGCGGCGAUGUGCACAAUCUAAACCCUGAGGUGCUUGCCCAUCUUUCCGCCGCCACAGGAUAUGCAUGAUAGAGAUGUGUGUGAAUGUGCAUGUCUGUGUGUGUGUGUGUGUAUGUGUGUGUGUUUCUGAAUCACCACUUAAGAUUAGAAUGUCACUUUACGUCAACGCUGACACCUGUCCCGUCAAGCUGUGGCAGGAAAAAAAGGCCACCUGUCUGUAGCUGAAACUUGGAGACGAUAUGAGAGGGAUGUAGGUGCAGAGCGAAACAUGAGGCCAGUGGGUGCUGGAGUGGAGAGGAAUUCCACCCUUGAAUAUAAAAAAGAUGCUUGUAUCUUAAAAAGGAUAAAAAGAAAAAAAAAAAGUGCAGACUCACACACACACACACAUCAAAACACACAGCGCACACAUGCCGCGCACAUACACUGGCACUAAAUGAGCGCACACAAGCACACUGUAGUUUGAGUUUUCAUUUUAAGUCUGCCUGACUCUUCAGCUUUGUAGCAUAAAUAUACAUGAGGAUGAACCAGUGCCAUAACAGAAGGACCGGGAGAUGGGGAUGGAGGAAGAGGUGCAGAGCGAGAGAUGGAGAGAUAGAGCGAGAGAGAGAGAGAGAGAGAGAGGGUCGGAGGAAGCGACAGUGAUUCCAUUUAGAAACACACUUCCUCCACGUUACUGCUCUAUCCUUCAGGAGAGUUGGCAAUCACAGAGAGGAAGAGUAGUAUAAAAAAAAAAAGGGUGAGGAGAGAGGUGGAGUUUUGCGCCUAAGGGAAGAGCCAGUAGCUAAGUUUGUGAUUUCAGAGAAACAAAAUGCUUGAGGGAACCAGGAAAGCGAAGGAGGGGAGGUGGGAGAGCAGGAAUAUGUUGAUUUGUGGCGUUACCUCCCCUCAGAGAAGAUCAGGUGAACCUGCUGGAUCUCAGUUUGAGGUCAUUUCAAAUGACUCAUUCGGACACACGUAAACAACAUUUGUUUCUAAUUCAAAGAGCUUAUUUGAUUGUUUAUCCUGAAUGACAUACUUCUGGUUGCUGCAGGGACUUUUCCAUAAGUGAAUCGUUUAACUUUUUUUCCAAAUGGGCUCAUAAAUGAAAGUCUUUCACAUUCACUUCCAGGAAAGUGACAUUGAAAAGCCGUUAAAAGGAUGACUCAUAUUUGACUGACCAUGUGUCAAGCGCAUAUAUAUAGCUUUUAGUGAAGGGCGCUGCUGAAAAGAUGUCUUUUCAUUUCAUUAAAACAGAUGAAUGCAUGUGGAAUCCAUGGGACUAUUUAAUCAGGAAGUCAAAAUGUUUGCAGACAGCGUUAGGAUGAAAUUGGGUCGGAACAAAUUGACUUUACUGGCAAAAAUCAACAUUGGAGCACAUUCAGUUUUUGAUAAAAUUAUCUCCAUUUUAUCAAGAUAUCUUCGAGUGUUUCACCCUCAAUUUUGUUGUACUAGAAACUAGUGAUGCACGAUAUGAAAAAUUUCAACCGAUACCGAUAACCGAUAAUUUUCUUCUUCUCAUGGCCAAUACCGAUACCGAUAACCGAUAAAUUCAUAUUUUUACAUUUAUUAUAAUCUUCAUAUAAUCUGCAGUUUGUGCAGGAUGCAGCGAUUGAAAACUGAUAUUUAUGUUGCUCUGGCCUAUCUAGAACAACAAACUAAAGUUUUUGGCUCUUUAAAUGUUUAUUUUUUCCAUGUCAUCACAAAAAUAUGUGGUCAUUAGCUGUAAAUAACAAUAACAGAGCAAAAAGCAGAACUUCAUUUGAUCCCCUGAACUGUUCAACAGAACUGUAAACUGUAAAGGAGCUAUUAUGAGACGUUAGGAUUAGCAUGCUGACCGGACUAACAUCUGACGUCCAUAUGUCUGUGGUAAAACUCACGUGUAGUCCGUUCUUGUCGAUCAGGUUGUGAAUGUAUGUGGCGACAAUAUCAUAGAGUGCAGGAAGAGACACAUCCGAGAAGAAGCGGCGGCGGCUUGGGAGAGUGUAACGUGGCUCCAAGUGUGCUAUGAACUUACGAAAACCCGGGUUCUCAACGACGGAAAAAGGCUGGUCGUCGACCGCUAUGAACUCCAUCACUUUGUCGUUAAUGGCUUUAGCCUUUUCGCUGUCUCUUGAGAAGCUUUUGCAGUUUUCAAACGCCCGCUGAAUGGGGACAUCGAUCCUCCGUAGUGUUGUUGUCUUAGCUUUAGUACCGCUAGCAGCUUCGGCGGCUGUCUCAUAUUCUUUUAAUACCGCUUCGCCGCGAUGGCGACUUUUCAGGUGAGCUAUCAGAUUCGUUGUGUUAAUACUUGACGUCUUCUUUCCUCCUCUCGGAAUCCUCGCUGAACAGGUUUUGCAUAUAGCAGCUGUUGUCAUUUUCUGCCACUGAGAGAAACGACCAUGCUGGUGAAGACAUUUUAUUAUCUGUCAGGCAGUGACGGGGUCAGGCUUGGGACCUGCGAGUAAGGCGCGUCGGGCGGCUACUCCGCCUGCAAACGUUACUCGUAAUUUCAUUAAUAUAUCGGAUCUUUCUAUCGGAAAAAUGCACCUAUCGGACUGAUAAAAAAUGACGUAAAUUUCCCCCAAAUCGGCCGAUAUUCUAUCGGUCCGAUAAAUAUCGUGCAUCCCUACUAGAAACUGAUUUAACAAUAAGAAAAUCUGAAAAGCAAGUUUAUGAUUAGGAAUAAGAGGGAAUAUAUGAAGCGUCUCUCAUCCCUUUUUUUCUUCAAAAACAUCUCUUGGUAUCACUGUAUCAAAGUAUGCAACUGGAAGUGUUAUUGACCAAUUAGCAGGACAAGGCCUGAGCUGUGCCAGCGUUUGAAAUCCCUUCUUACCUCUGCAGAGCCAACAUUCAAUCUCCUGUCGGGUCCUGAAGAAGAAGGAGGGAGAGGAGGGAGACAGAGAGAAAGAGGCCAAUUAAAAUGCCUCCCUCCUUCACGCUGCACUAUUCAUUAGUCUCACCCCACGAGUUCAUCUGGUGACAAACAAUACCUACACCCCCUCCAGUCUGCACACACACACACUCGCACACACAGCUGUAUUUCUUCUAUUAAAAUGAUUCACAGUGAGGCACCCUGCCGAUGACAUUUCUCAAAAUGAGGGAUGGCGCCAGUCAAAAAGUCCCAUCAAUGAUCAGCACAUGCCACCGCUUGUGUGUUUUUUUUUUUAAUUCAUAUGUGUAGUUUCCCUCCACGUCUCUGCCUGGAUUGGCUGUUAAAGAGGGGUCCAGUUGGCAGCUUUAGAUCCCUUUUAAUCAUUUUCUUCUCCCAGCCUCCUCUCACCUAACUCAUUGAUCAUAUCUCAGGCCUAUUUGUAUUCCUCUCUAAUCUCAUUCUCAACCAUUUCUCACUCUUUUCCACCCUGAGGCGCUCUCUGAGGGGUGUCAUCUUAGUUGAGAGGAUACACAUAUGCAAGCACUCCCUUUGCACAUAACUUGUUAUUGAUCAUUUUAAUAUAUCUAGGACAGCGGGUGACUGUAAGACACAGAGUUAACACAUAGCAAACCGGAUCAGGAACUAAACACACUACAGUAAAUCUAAUCAUGUAUGGAGAGCUCAAAGUAAGGUUGUGGAGGAGGGUCAGGGGACAUGCGGUGACUCGGGUUAGCAUUAGCAUUCUACAAUAUCAGCCAGCAGUAAGCAACCAGAAAGUACAGAAAAUUUCUGAAUCCUCCUUUGGCCAUGACUGCCGACACAAGCAAUAAAUCGAAGUAAAUACCAAAGACUCUGGCGGAAUAACGGGCGCUUAAAAUGGAGGUAGACUGGUCGAGAGCUAAAAAGCCGGGUCAACAUCAAUGAAGCAUAAACGAUCGGGAUCUUACGGACUCUGUAAUUUCUGCUGGACAGGUAAACCGCUUUAACAAAGUAAGACAAGUGUCUGUAACAGAAGUGUUUCUUGUCAAACGGGACCUGCUGCAUGUUGUAGCGCCGCUAAACUACCUCAGGUUGUGGACUAUGUCACUUUAUCCUAGUUGUAGAAGUCCUGCAAACAUUGUGUUUGCUGGUAAUCUGUUAGCAUCUACAGUAGCACCAAUGCUGUCUACUUUCACAUUGACUGGGCCCCAUUUGUAAUUAUCUGAAGUAUUUAUCUGCAUUAUAUCUGAAUUUUAUAGAAAUGAUAUGAGCGAGCAGGAGCGUCUGUUUGCGGGGCUUGCUGGAGCAGAGAGGGAGCGGAGAGGAGGAGCUGAGGGGAAAACUGGUCAGAGGGGGUAAUGUUUACAUUCAAGAUUUCUCCCAAAAACUGUCACUUCCUCAGAUCCUGCCUACCCCCCCUUUACGAUACGGUAUAAUGCGAUACAAUCUUAGACCGUAAAAUAACUGGACGUAGUGUUGGUGAUGUCACCCUUUUUUUUUUUUUUAAGUUGUUUUUUUGAGCCCAUUUUGGUAAAGCUGACUCAACAGAUUGUUGGUCAAAGUACAAGUGGCGGUUCUAUAGCCUACAGUGUGCCUAUCUCUCACUCAAGUCCACUGUGUCUCUGAUUUGCCUAGUAACCUUUGUAAACCUUGAAAGCAGAAAUUUUGGUCUUCUUAAAGUAGGUACUGUAGGAGCAUUAAGUGACUAAGAGCAAAACUGUUUUUUGAACCGGGCUGUAAACGUGUUUACUUGUGCUCUAAAAAUGCUCUUUUUUGGCUUGGUGUGUAUGAGGUGUCCAGUGCCUCUGCAGCCAGCCUCAAGCAGGCACUCAAGGACCUGCAAUUUUUAAGCACUUCCCCUGCGGCUUCAUUUCUCAAGACCAGAGAUGGCUGCUUGCAUACAAUAGAAAACGACAAGAGAGGACGCGAUACGACGCGAUACGACAUGACAUGACACGAUGUACGCGGCCUGCAGUGAUGAUGAUAUCACAAGAGAUACUGUGAUGAUUGGUCUGUUGCAUGACAGUCUUAUAAUGAUGCAACACGAUAACUGAUGCACUGAAGAAUACCAAAUGUGCCCACAAAGGCAAUGUGAAAAAUGAAUGUUUGUUGACUGAGUUUUGUUUUGGUUUACUAAGUUAAAACAGUAAAUUCAAAGGAACAGGGAGAAGUUUUAAGAUCUGCGAAAAAAAAAGGAAAUAUUUUCUUCAAAGAGAGGAACAUGUAGAAAUAGACACAUACUUUCGUGCUUGACAGACAAAACCAACUUCUGCAUUUCAACCUGUUGUAUUUGAUGCUGCAAACUUGUUUUGAAGUUGACCUGAAUUGCUGUACUUGUACCAGCCGGCAUGAAGAGCUGGAUCAGCCUUGUCUUUCUUGUGGUUUUGAAAAGUGGUUUGCACAUCUCUUAACUACUAUUCAGCGCUGUCCUGCUGUCUUGUUCCGCCAUUUUCAUGUUACCAUUUACAUGAGCCUCAUUCAUGUCAUCAGUGUCAAGAGUCAUGAAGUAGUGGUGCUGUCUAAUUGGCAGGGAUACUCGUUUAGAGUGUCAUAUUCUCUCAAUGAAAGUAUGUCAGGAUGAUGGAUGCUGUAUUUAUAUUUAGUCUCACCCCUGUUUCCCAGUGAUGCACUAUUGUAGAGAAAAUCCACAUUUGCAGCAGUCUUUGGGGCACACCAGAAGAGAAUUAGGUAACACUUAAAAGUACACAAAAUUACAGUAGUUAAUGAGGAACUAAUCAAGAACUAAUGAGGAACUAAUGAGUAGUUACUGAGGGAUGGAGGUACUCAAACUUAGAGGGACUAAGGUACACAAAACUAGAGCAUAGUUAGUGAGGGACUAAUAAUUAAUGAACUAUUAGUUAAUGAUCAGUUCUUCAGGAACUCCUGACCAAAUUUCAGAGGAGUAAUAAUAAUAAUAAUACAUUUUAUUUAAAAGCGCCUUUCUGAACACCCAAGGACACUGUACAGGGCAUAAAAACACAGUUAGAAACAUUAUUAAAAUAAAUAAAAACAACAUACAAGUGUGAAAGUGGACAGUUAAAGUGAAUAUGAGAUUUGGAAUAGGUGUGUUUUGAGUUUGGAUUUAAAGUGGGGUAGUGAGUCCAUGUAGUUACUGAGGGACUAAUUAGGAACUCAUGGAGAGGAUGUGCCAGGUUGUCCAGGAUGGUACGCAUGGCCAUGAUGAAGUAAUGAUUCAGUACUCAUAAACUAGUCCUCAUGACGUCUCACUUUACUUUAAGGUACACAAAAAAGGUAGGUAAUGAUUAAGUAAUAGUUAGUUCUUCAGUGACUGAUCAUCUGUGAGCUAACUGUCACUCUGCAGGGAAUUUCAUAGCCUGGCUCCAGAUACUUCAUCAGCUGAAAAAAAUCCAUCAUCCGCAACUAUUGACAAAGGCUGCAUGUCAAGGGCAAACAUUUCAGCUAUUAAGUUGCUGAUAUGUUCACUCUGUGCCUUGUCACUUGUUGUAUGUAUAAUCCCUCAUGCUAGCCUGUGAACCGCUAGCGUUAGCACCGAUGCCAGCAGCGGUCUCUUCCUCCAACUUCUUCAGGUGUUUCCAUCGCAGGUGGUUUCGCACGGACCCCAUGCUGUGGUUGUCAGCCAACUUUGCCUGACAUGGCCUACACUCAACUUGAUUUCCACUUGCAGUUUGUUCAAAAAACUGCCACAAAGUGCUCUGCUUGUUGACCGCCGCCAUCGCGUCCCUGAGUCAAUGUGAAGUAACGUGACACUGGCUGUGCAGGCUGCAGGAUUUAUAUAUAUAUAUAUGUUGGUGAGAAAUGAUCGAGGAGGAGGAGGAGGAGAAAAAAAGACGUGCAAACAGCUAUUGAUUUUUCUUAACGGUUAUGAUUUGUUAUCUGUGUAUCUGUUUACACGUGUAGAUGUUGACACCCCUAAUAGGUACUUUAUCAUAACUUCCUCAGUAACUACUCUAAUUUUGUGUACCUUAGUCCCUCAGUAACUAUUCUAGUUUUGUGUACCUUAGUUGUACCUCCUCAGUAACUACUUAAAUUCUGUGUACCUCCGUUCCUCAGUAACUAUUCUAUUUUUGUGUCCCUUAUUGUAAAGUGUUACCCAGAAUUUUUAAGUAAAUAACAGUAAAACCUGCAUCUUCAGUAGGUUAUGUUAUUUCAUUACUUUGUUUAAGCCGAGGAGACAAAGAAUUACUUUGACGAUGCCAAAAAAGGUCCAAAAUGAUACGCUUAUGGCUCAGAGAGAAGCCCUUUUUAGUGCCUUUCCCUUUCAGAUAGUCUUUAUAUUGUAGUGCUGGAAUAAGAAAUGGCUUGAGUGUGUUUUCUUGUCCUCAUGCUCACUUUGCUCUGACUGCGACCUUAAAAUUGAAAACAAAACACAUAUAAAAAGGGUUUAUACAAAAUGGGCAAUAUCCAAACUUCUUUGCAAGCUUUUGGAUUAGCUGUGUGGAAUUUAUUGUGCGGUCCUACUUAAAGUUAAUCUUUCGACCUAAUUAAGUGUGAUGCAUUUUUUCCUCCAAAGUCAAUGGAAUUGAGCCCCUUAUCUUUUUAUUACUUUGCCAAAUUGUAUUACACAAGUAAUGACGCAUGCAUAAACUGUGGAGAAAAGAUUUGAAAACAAGUGUGGAGAGAUGAGGAAAAGGGGAAAAUAGAGAACUACGGGAUGCACAGGGAAUUCUUGUCAGACGACAUGAUUUAUUUAAUACAUGAAAUGGCUGGUGCAUUUGCAAAGGGAUCUUAAAUGUGUUUUUUUUUUUUUCAUUUUAGAACAAAGUUGCAGGUUGAAAAGGCAGAACAGGAGAUAUGCAUGUGAGACGGCAGAGGGACUUGAGUAUUGUUUCAAGCAUGAUGCCGUCUGACAUCUGCUCUCAUUCAUCUUCCCGAUCUGGACAAGUUAAAAUGAUCACAGGCAUCCCUGCAGGAGCUCGGGGAACAUUUUUACAUUACUGUUAUUAAAAAGAAAAGAGGUAAACAAAUGUUUUGCACCAGUUUUCAACUAUUAUGAUUUUUUCUGGCAUACAGUUAAAGACUCUGUCACCGUAAUGAAUACUCCAAGACAACAUCUGUGAAAGGGAAAUUAUCUUAAUAACUUUUUUUUUUUGUUCACUUAACAAUUUUUGUCAGUGCUCUUGAUUUUUUUCCAAACCCACUUUGAGAGUGUGGCAGUGUGCCAUGCAUUUUCUGCCACAAAAUGAGGCAGGUUUUGCGGUCACAGCAAUCACUGAAACUCAAAAUCCUUGAGGUGCUGCCAAGUAAAAUUUAGUGUAAGUAAAACGAUGCCAAAGCAAUCACAAGUACCUUGGAUCUGUAAAGGCAAAGUGAAUAGAUGAUUUUGUAAAAACGUUCCAAUAUUAAAAAAAAAUAAAGGGCUACACUGACUCGAAUCUGACAAGCGAGACUGGAAGAGAGACAGAGUAAGGACAAGGAAGAAGACUGGCAUUAACUGGUGAGAGCGCUCCUCCUGCUCAUCAAAUAGAGAUGCCUGACCCAGUUAAAUUUGCUGGUCUGGUGUUCACAUUACAUGCACAAGUACACAGAUACUGAAACACAUACACUUGUGCAGAUCAGGCAAGAUCUUUGACCUGCAUUUGCACCGAGAAAGAAACCUGCCUACUAAUUUAUGUCCUCGCUACUUUUGUUAUUGAAGGUAGCCCCGCUUAUGGCUCUGAAAGGAAAGAAACAGAGCAAAGGCGAGAAAGACAGAAUGGGAAUAUGGUGGAGAGGUGGUUGGUCGGUGUGAGGGGUUUGUGAAAUGCAGUGAAUGCCAGCUGUCCAGAUGCCUGUCUCCCAUCUGUUUGAACCCCAACAUCCAGUUGGCUCCUCUUCCAGUGCAAACCACACACAUGUGCAAGAACACACAUGCAAUACACAUAUACGCGGAAACAAACACACACUGUGGCUCUCAUGUACACAGAGACAAACUGGCAUUACUUCUAACACCAGCAGUGUUAGGCAGCUGUGGGAUUGGGCACAGAAAUGAGAGCUAUCACUAACCGCUAAUCACAGUGUGUGUUUACCUACAUUGCUAGGAUUGUCAAGAUCUCAAGCAUGUUACACAGCCCCCCCCCCCCUCCUCCUGCUAAUCCAAAUCCCCCCCCUUCUUUCUUUUAAAGUAUGUCUUACGGCCCAUUUCAAAAACCAGAUCCAGCUUCGAGCGCAGUAGCAGUGAACAGAUUGGCUCCAUAUUGUUUAAAGGCCUCCACUCUUCCAGAUCUGUUGUCGUCACACUCCGAAAAACAGUAGGAGGAGACUUCAGUGGCAGGUUUUGUCAAUUACUCUGUGUGAAUGUGUCUGCUCAAGGCAUGGACUCCUCUAUUGAUGGACAUGGUUUUUACCCAUAGGUCUGUGUGGGUCUUCACGGUGAUGUGCAGUAGAUCUCUUACAAGGUUUUAAUCCUUUAAGAAAGGUCUCCAAGUAUUCUCAGGGCUUUAGUCAGAGGGGGGGGUAAAAUGUCUACUACUUUAUUUGUUCACUGAGGUGUUAAAAAAACAUCCUGUUUAUUGUGGGUUGUGGUUGUGGUUUUUAGUUGAUUUAGUACUACAGAUGUUACUGCUCUGUCUUUGCCUUUGACUCACAAAUGGCAAACAAAUCAUACCUCUACUUUCUCGAGAAGUGAAUAUGACAUGAUUUGUACAUCUACUUGCUGAAGUAAAUAGUUAUAAGAGGGAAGAUUGACAAGAUGAAGAAAACUUGGAUAUACACCGAGUGCAAUUUCAACCUUUAAGGUUGACAUGCCGACAUCACAGAUCCUGAUAGAUUCCAAUUUUCUUUCCCCAAAGAACCACAAUAAACUGCAAAAUCCAACUUCAGGUGCAACUUUUCUCUCAUAAAACUUGAAUUUUUUUGUGUAAAACUAAAUAUUCACUAUUCUGCUGUGUUUUUGUGUAUUUUUGCGCCAUAGCUAAUGCUGGAAGUGUAGUUAGUGUUUAUGUAGGCUUCAAACAUGUACGUGUAAAGCUGGGACUGGCACAGAUUGGCUUUUUAUGAAGGGACUGGCUGAACAGGCUGAAAAUGUCUAAUUGUAGUCUCCAGCUGGUUGAUUGAUGCUCCUCUAGGAAGAAUGUUGCCGUUAUUUCUCUGCUUUUCUUCUAACGCAGACAGAAUGUCAAUAAAGUCUUGGUAAAUUAAGAUCAAAUAAGACAAAAAAAAACUAUGAAUAAAUCAUUGUCAGCCAAAAACAGAAUUACUUGAUUUUAUUCCCAGCUUGUUAAAUAAACAAAAUUAUCUCAAUACUUAUCUUGAAAUCACUGUUCACGUCCAGAUUCCUGCAUAAAAGGCUCAGCUGUACAAAGUUUUUAGUUUGAUCUCAAGCUCCUGGGGUCCUCGUGUCGAGCUGUCCUUGUGCAAGACACUGAAUCCUGGAUUUUAUGGUGUUGCCUUCAAGAAUGUAAUGGGAGUUUUAGCGCAGCAUCCUCUGCCAUCAGUGCCUGGAGUGUGUGAAUGUGACAUACAGUGUGAGAGUAGUUUCAAGAGUAGAAGAAUGCUUUGUUGGUGUAGUCCAUUUUUUUGCUUAUUUGAACGAAUAUGGUACAGGGUUUUUUAUACUUUAUGUAUAGUCACCAAUGAAACAAUCUACAACACAAAAGACAGGCAGUUAUGGUAGAAAUGCUUGACAUCAUAUGAACUUUUACAUUUAAAGAAGAGAACAGAAAAAAAUACUCUUUCAUUGGGAUUUUAUGUCCUAUUCUUGUUCUUGUAAUUUCCCCAAAUGCAACACUUGAUAACUCAAAGUGAAAGAGGACUCAUAAACUCUUUUGGUCUUGUGAAAGUUGUCUACAAUAAACACCAGGUCUGCUGAAUCAUUUGAAAAACACUUUGCAGAUGCUUGAAACCAGCUUGAGACAGUUUCAUAUCAAUCCUGCGGUUGUGAAUUGGGUUUUUGAAAAAUACCUUUUUUUUUCUCUGUUAGAUGCAACGGCUGAAAAACAACUUUUUCACUCACAAUUUUUUGAGUUCACCUUGUAUUUUUUUAUGUUUGCUUUUUGGCGUUUCAUAUUUUUCAGCAAAGUACCUUCAUUAGAGUAAAUAAUGGGCCGAGGGUGACAGAGCAUCCACAAAUGCAAGCCUCAAGAGGAACCUAAAAAAGUCUGUGCUGCACAAUAAAAAAUAAAAAAUUUCCCAAGAAAGACUGAAUGUUCAGGGAAUAUGUCAAAACAUGUGAGACCCCCUAUGUGGGCACAUUUCCUGUAGAGCGUUUCCAUUUUCUGCUCUGGAUGUGAGGUUGCAGAAUACAAAUGGGGUGUUUAAACUAAUAUGCAGCACACUUGGACACACACCUACACUGACUUGCACAGAAACCAAGACUAACAUUAAUAAUGCAUUUUGACCAAGUGCAUCAGGGAGUGUAUAUUGAGUUACAAUGCAAAGCACCCAGCUACAAACUUAAUUUAAUGUUGGAGUCUUUGUAUCCGCAUGUUUGAGUUUGUGUGUGUGCGCGUCUAAGAUGUAGAGGAUGUCAUAACAGAGGAGACAGCAGAUCAGAUUAGGGAGCUACGCACAUCUGUCAGCAUGCAGCCUUCCUCAACACCAUUUGAUUAGAGCUAAUGAAGACACUUUGUGCGUGUGUUUGUAUAUUUGUUUGUUGUACGCUCACGCACUCAUACUCGCAGGACUCUUGAAUCAGGCUGGGAUCGAUUAAAAGCAGCAUGAUGAAGAUUGGUAAUAGAGCUGUGGAAAAAAAGACCGACAAAGUUUCAGAAAUAAUCCAAAUAUUUGUGCGGGGAACAAACAAGCAAGAAGUGCAACAAUAGCAAGGAGGCAGGGCGGGUGAGUGCACACGGAAAGGCAAUGCAGGAAGUGUUACAGAAAGAAAGAGAGUGAUCUUUUCCUCCAUGCUGCUUCAGCCUUCCUUUCAAAUUAAAACAGCCCUGUCUCCUGAGAGUGUGACAUUUUCAUGGAGCAGGCGAGGGCAGAGAUGGAGAGAGGGAGAGAGAGAGAGAGACGGAGAGUCAGAGAUGGGUGGGGUUAGAGACAACCGGGGAAGAGGGGAGGGGCGCGGAGAGGCGACUGCAGGUUUUCAGAGGCAGGAAGAUGGGAGAAUUGAUGGAGACUGAGAAAGAAAAGAGACAGUCGCAAGAGGAGGGGUUGAGGGUCUUACUCGGUGAUGUUAGGGAUGGAUGGAGAGAAUGAUGAGAAGGGAGGAAUGUGUGCGGGGGUUAUUAGUCCAGCCUCCAGAGGCUACUAAUGCACUGACCUUCAUUAACUCGCAUUACUGUCGGUGUGUGUGACUGUGUGCGCGAGAGUGCAACUCUCUUUAGUUAACACUCAUUACAGAGUCUUUGUUUAAAGGCCAGUAAACUAAUGAAGUCAUUAAAUAAGUGCAGAAAAUCCUGAUUCAAGUAUUGAAACCAGAGACUGAGGUAACUCUAAGGACAGGGGCUGCCACUUGAACAAUGCAUACAAAGAAAACACAAUAACGGACUGUGAUAUUCUAAUCUUUCUCUCCCUAUCUCUCUCUUUCUAUCAGGCUCUCCUCGACACUCAGAAACAGCUUCGUUCUCAGAUCUCCAACUUUACCUUCAACCUGGGCUUUUCUGGAAAGUUCUACCACACAGGUUUGUAGUACUUGCGUGUUAUUCCACCUCACAUGUCUGUGUCAAGAACCCCACUAGCGUUAAGACACAUGAUUUGAAAAUUAUAUAGGAGCUUACUGAAAAAGGUCAAUUGGUAAAAUAGCACUGCAAUGGCCUUUGCAUGUAGAAGCUUCACCUUGUUUCUGAUAAUGAUGACAAUGGUUUAAGACGGAUGUGAUAAUGUGUCUUUAUUGUUGUCUGUCCUUGUCUUGAAAGUAGGGCUGGGCGAUAUGGGAAAAAGUUUAUCACGAUAUUUUUUUUCAUAUCAGUUGAUAUCAAUAUAUAUAACAUAAAAAAUGAAAUUUAACAGUGCUUAUUGGUAGCAUGUUGUUUGCAUUACCAUAAGCUACUGCAUCUGUGAGGUCUUUUUGUCUCGAUGUUUUGCCGAAAGGCGGUGCACUAGAGAAAGCGAACUGAAUGGUCGGCUGUUUUGGCUGCACAGGUGCCAUGGGCUCCUUGCUCCACUCGGGGUUUGUAACCGUUUGUAUUGCUCGUGCUCUGCCGCUUGGCACUGCUUCAGGUAGUGGAAAAGGUUUGAGGUAUUCCCAGACUUUAAGAGAACAUGUACUCGACAUGAUUUGCAGUGCUCAUUACUCUGCUUCAUGUCCGACCUCAAAAAAACAAAAUACCUCAACACCACCGACGUUUUCGUGCCAAUGUUGUCGACGAUGUCAUCAUCUUGUGAGUCUUCAUCUGUAGCACUCAUUUACUUUUUUUCUCACAGACAGUGCUAUGGUUGUGUGUAGCUGCAGCCUGCUACUACAAAGUUGUUUGCUACUUGGUUCUAAUUCAACACACAAUUGGUUCAGCGUGAAGCAGACCUUGAGCAACUCCCAUUUCCUUUAGCUGUUCGUAUAGUCUACCAUAACAUGGCACAAUGCCAACUAUCAAAAAGCAUAUUGUCCAUGUUUUAUAUUGAUAUUGAGGGAAAUUAAUUUUCGAUAAUUAUCGUUAUUGUUUUAUCGCCCAGCCCUACUUGAGAGGUUCUACUAUUUUCGAUUGAAUUUGUCUUUGCUGCGUUUUCUAUAAUUGCUUGAAUGGUUGUCUACACUGCUCGACACUUCCCCGACAAUUUCCUGUUAUGCUGUGAUGUUUGAUCCACAUCCAUAAGCUUCAUCCGUGACCUUCCUCUCGUCGUAUCCAAUAUUUAGGAAAAUCGACAGAAUUGAUCCUGAGUACAGGCAGAAGUCUAGAGAGUUGGUUCUAGACUUUAUAAGCCUUCACACGUUGUAGCUAACCCAGUAUUUUAACUCAAAGGAACAAGAAAAGAUUUAAAUAAAGUAUAAAAAGAUGAUGCUCCUCAGGGCAACACAAAUUCAACUACUGUGUUUUUUCCAAUGUGAGCCUUUCUCUUAUGAGCUACAUGGUUAUAAUUAUACAGGCAAAUCUGUAAGCGUGAACGUACUGCUGUGCAUUCUACACUCUGUUGUGGAGCCAACGACAUGUUUUAUUAAUUUCCUCCCAGUUAAAGUGUCUUAAUCUGCACCAGGAGAACAGCACAGUAGGUUAUGCUGCUUUAGAAAAUUAAAGUGACACCGGUAUCAUAAUUAUAUUUAGAAGAAAUCUGAUAGAGAUGAGAACAAAUUACCACAGCACCUGGAACUGCUAUGGUCACUUCACGUUUCAUCUCCAUGGUAUCACACUGCAGUCUAUUUCAGCAACAGGACCUUAAAACAACCCCGUUGCUUGGUGAUGUAUUCUAAUCUGAGAAGUUUGUUUUAGUUUCAAAGUGCUCUUAAUCUGCAUGAAUCAAACGUUCAUACAUUAUACUCUUUGUCUUUUCGUCUUUGCACCCCUGUGCGUGUGUGCAGGCACGGUUGAGGAGGAUGAAGGAGACGAUCUACUGCUGAAGUACGUGGAUGAGUUCUGGUGGUUCCCCCACAUGUGGAGCCACAUGCAGCCUCACCUCUUCCACAACGAGUCCUCACUGCUGGAGCAGAUGGUCCUCAACAAGGAGUUUGCUCUGGUGAGAGACACACACAUAUGUACAUAUACACAUUCAUGCACAUUUCUUACAUUUUUUUUUUGUCCUUAUAGUCCUGCUUUCCUCCCUUAAUUGCAUGUCCUUCAAGGGCGUCUUUUGAUGUUGGCGAUUGUUAUUUUCUUACCACGGCACUUUGCAGACAUGAUGUAUGUAGGGAACUGAAUCUGCUCUCACUGGUUUAACAGCAGUAGAAGGCUGGGUGCGACAGAAGAAUGCACUUUAAGCACAUUUCCUCCCUGUUGUAAAGGACAUUAUUCAUACUUGCUUUAAAUUCCCCGAUAAAUGUUUUUGUUUCCAGCCUUGGAAGUGUGAUAUUAUUCUUCAGCAGUACACCUUUUAACCAUGUUUUCGAUAAAUUUUUGUUUGAAAUGUGUCUUGGGGUUCCACUUGCCGACACUCUGGGGAAAUCAUUUGAAGCAUAUUGCCAUACCAAUGCUCUGCUGUUUUGCGCAAUAUAUAUAGAAAUGUCCUUGUUAUAUUGAUGAAACAACAUAAUCAUGGUAGAUUUACACUUCCUGCAGUGUAUUUGCUAAUGCAAAUUAGCUGCGUAUGAACAUCAACACCAUCCAGCAAAUAGAUUGAGCUGUAGGAAGACUGCUUUCAUAAAAUCUCGCAUUAUUUACUCGUUUUCUCAAAGAAAAGAAGCGAAAUAUCAAUUCCCUGAUUGGGAGUUAUCUGAUGGACACACCUGAGCCCUGUUUAAAAGUCUCCUGUUUCAUCGGAAGUCUACAAGGUCAAGUGUUUUUGUUCAUCGGCUCUGCCUGCUUUUUCCUGGGAUUUGUCAAUACGUGUGUGUGCGUGUGUGUUUUUGUGUGUUAAGUGAGUGGUUGGAGAUGAUUUGUAUGGCUGCACACACAGGAAACAGUGUGCGUGUGGGGGGUCAUGUUGUUGAAGGUGAGCAUGAUCAUAAAGUGCGAUCCCUAACCUCCAUUGUAUACACACACACACAGACACACACAAACACAAACACACAAAUUCACUUGCUCAUCCCCCUGACCGCUGAUGCUUCUCUUUGACAAUGUGUGUAGGUGUGUGUCAGAGCGAAGGACAACACCAUCAGUCUAUGAGAUGCACCUGGCAACCAUCCACCCUCACAAUUCACCACGUAAACAUGCUCACACAAUAUAUAUUUUUUAAUCUCCAACCCUGAAGGCCAGUGUCGUAACAAACACAACAUACGGCACGUACUUCUCCUACAAGGUCAAACUCUUCACAUGUGCCGCCCUGUCUUCUGCCUGAGUCGUAUAGAUGCUAUAACUUCAUUAAUUACGUAGACAACCCACUCAUAGGUGUCUCUGUCUCUGUGUUUGUGUGACUGCCACCUACAGGAGCACAACAUCCCGGUAGACAUGGGCUACGCCGUGGCGCCUCACCACUCGGGCGUCUACCCAGUUCACCUGCAGCUCUACAAGGCAUGGAGACGCGUGUGGAACAUCCAGGUCACCAGCACAGAGGAGUACCCCCACCUCAAACCGGCCCGCUACCGCAAGGGCUUCAUCCACAACAACAUCAUGGUGAGGGGACAGACGUUGCUACAAUCACACAUCUCUGUAAAAUCUCAGCAUGGCUGCAUGUGAACACGUAUGCAAAUGUGCUCAUCCAUAAAUGCACUUUGAUCUAUUGACAUGUCUCUGUACAUACAUGAAAAUUGAUCAGCCUCUCUACAACUGCCUGCUGGAUCAUUCAAUAUUGAACAUCUUAUUUAUGUUUAGCUGACUGGCAAAAAAAGCAUGUUUCAAGUCUUGAGUCUAAAUCUUUCUAUCGGGGAAACAUCGCUGUGGCGACUGAAUAUUUUUCAUGACUUUUUUUUGUUGAUUAGAUUUUAGGUUAUCGAUCUUCUGCAGUGGUCAGGGUAGUAAUAAUUUAGCACUGUUGGUUUGGGAUGACUAAAAUACAAGACUGUUAGUGCUGUUUGUAGAUGCUUUGAGUUUAAUUUUUUGGCUUGUCAAAAAGGAAAAAGAAAAGAAUGAAGGUGUUUGUUGUCCUGCAAAAAAAGAUUACAGACAGGUAAAAUUUGGUCGAGGUGCAUAUAUGAGGAAUUUCUGUUUAUUAUCUUGUUUUCUUUGACAAAGCUCCACCAUCAAGCACAGAUCCUGGAUCAAACAUAGCAUCUGCCUGCCAAAAAGAAGAGAAGUGAUUUACUUAAUUCUUCUGGCUGAAAUUAAAACCAUGAAAUGUAAAUUCUUCAAGCGACUAAAUUAAAGCGUGCUUUAAAAUGCAGAUUCAUUAAGUCAAAGAGUCUGUUCGUAUCAGUCGUGCUCUUUUAUCUUACUUGGUAGAGUUGUUUUUAUCUACUCUGUCUUUGUUCAAAUAAGUGUUUGCUGAAUAGUAAAUUGUGUGCUGAUUGUUUCUCGCGGUCUAAACAGAAAAUCAAUGAUUCUGUGCGAGGUGUGUAACCAGUGUGUGCAUCCUUAUGUGUGUGUGUGUGUGUGUGGCGUAUGAAUUCUCUGAACUGUGUCUCACCAUAGCAUGCACAGCUCUGUGUUGGUUAAAUGUUCAAUGUCAGGUAAAAGGCCGAGUUGUGCUUUGUUUAUUCAUCCGCGUGUGUUUGAGUACAUACAUACAUACAUACAGGGUGUGUGUCAUAGAAUCUAGAAAUACUUUUACACUUUAAUCACUCUCUGAGUCUUUGAGACACCAAUACAAUAAAACUCUUGUUGCCUCUUUAUUUUAUUUUAGCAAGUUGUUUUCAUCCCACCUCCUCCUCCUCUAUGUCCUCCUCCUCCUCCUCUUCUUCAUUCACUUGUCAGUCAGGCUCUUUGUCAGUCUGCACAACUGCUCCCUUAUUGACAAAAGAACCAAUCACAUCUGACACCAAAAUUACCAGUCCAUGUUGUUCUGCCCUAUUUGGAUCCUGAGCAAACAAUCUGAGCAGACAGCUCUGUCAAUUUCUUAAUCAGUCCCACAAGUCUGCUUUUAUUCCUUGACAUUUUGUUACAGCGUCAUAAAAGACAGCCACUUAAUCGUACUUCCACGUAACACAAUAACAAGCUGACAACUUGACAGGCUAUAAUGUGUUAUUAAACAUGAUCAAUAGUAAGGUAUUGAAGGCACCAAUGAAUCACCAAAUUAAAUAACAAGCCACAGAACAAAAACAUGUAUUCAACAGUCAAUACAUCAUAAAGAGAGGCGGGGAACAGAGGAAACAACAAAGAGCAGCUGCCAGGAAUAAAAAAAGACUUUCUUCUUUGUUUCAUACAGGGAGAGAAGAUUUUUUGAUGAAAAACUGGAGAAGGAGUGGCGGCAGAGACAUAAUUAAAUCCCAACAAAAAUGACAAUCAAGUUUGGCAGUGACAGUGACGACGCCUGCAGAUGUUUUCUGAGCAUUGCGUGUGAAACUUUCAUAGGAUAAAUAAGGCUUCAAGAAACUUCUUCAAAAACUUUUGAAAAUAAAAAUCAAGUUAUGGUAAAAUAUUGCAAUACGUGCAUCUUGAAUUAUACGUAGUGAUGACAGUUUUAUUUCGCCUGUGAAAUAAGUUUUAUAUUCUUGCAGAGUUUUCCCUUUAGUUCUGUUCGGAGCUGGAAAGAAAAGGUGAUUUGUUCUGUUAGAUUUAGUUUUUUAAAAAAUAUAAAUAAAAAUACCACAAAGUUAAAGUUCUGUGUUCUCCAAUUAAAUUUGAAUAUAAAUCAGAAAUAUCUCCUGUGUUAUAAGUUAAUGGAAACUGUUUUUGCCGCAGUAUCGACAGGCAGUGAUGAUUUCAGACCCCUUUGGAUCGAUGUAAUUUGACGGAUGCAAUGAGGUCAUUCAGUGUCUCUCGCUGUUGAGAGUUAAUCGCUGUUGUUUUGAGAUGUCGAUCAAUCAAAUAUCAAGCAUUUAUCAUGACUGGGUAAUAAAAUGACUGAAAAGUGUGAUAUGAUAGGCGGCCAUUUAAAGGUAACUUAAAUGUGACAUUAUAGUAUCCUUUUAUAACAGUGAAAUAUCAUGGACAUUAGGGAUGGGCGAUAUUGGCAAAAACAAGUUAUAACGAUGAGAUUUCUGGUGAUAACGAUAAAAGUCCUGAUAAAAAAAAACAUUAUAAUCUCAGUCUAUAUUUUUGACUCAUUUUGUCUUGAGAACACCAGCUGGAAUAGUCAAAUAAGAUACUUAACCACAAGUUUGAGUGGUAGGUUACGGAGAAAACUAAUGACAUCAAACAAGUCUCAAAUGUGAAAACAUUUUCAACAUUUGUUGAAAACUCUUAUUGCACAGAGUGAACAGCAGCAGAUCUACUGUCCGAUGUCAGGCAUACCUGAUUGUGCUCAUUUUAGCCCCAAUCUUAAAGGAAAUCCCUCAUGUGGAGCCUCGUUCAGUAACGAGCUGCUCAGAAACGUCUGCUUUGUGUGGGCUAUGGCUGCGAGUCCGUCGCUCGCGCUUACGUCAUCAACUUACAUUUAUCGUAUUUAUAAUGAGAUGGCAAAUAUUUAUAAUGGAGGAUUUUUCUGACGAUAUAUCAUGAAUGAUAAUUUAUCGACCAUCCCUAAUAAACAUGUAUCAGUAAUCCUUAUUAAAUGUAUUUAGACAGUGGAGCCUCGUGGAAGCGGUGUAGGGAAGUAACUUUGUCUCUUCCUCAGCUACAUUACAUGCUGCACUAAUAGUAGUAAAGGGAGGCGAGGAAAAAGAAAAGUAAAAACUUAAACUCCUAGAGGCAGAUCGGUUUUCUAAGAAGCAGCUUUGUGUGUGAGAGUGUAUAAAUGUAUGUGCGCCUAAAAAAAUUCACAAUAAAUCAGUUAUUAGAUCCUUAUAGUGGUAAUUCUUCUUUAUGACCUCUCCGUAAGUUUCCCCAGCUCACAACCUUCAUAUUUCCUUUACCUUUCAUUGGCUUUCACUUUAAAUUUUUCUCACAACUUCUUUCCAUUAAUCUGUGUCCUCUCUGCUUCUUGCCACAUCUUUGUUUGUUCACAGGAGGACAGGAAGUUGUCUGAGGGCUGUAAAAUUGGUCUUUGUGUGUCUCUGUCAGCAGAUUGAGAGCCACCCACUGGACCCACAGUAUCAAAACAAAUCAGACUGAGAUAUAGGAUUGUGCUGCAUUAGUGUGUGUGUGUGUGUUUGUGUGUGUUUGUGUGUGUGCGUGUGUGUGUGUGUAAGACAUACGUGUGUGUGCGUGGGCUUCUUUUUAAAAUGUACUAUAUCAGUUUGAGCUAUAGCUCUGUGGAUAAUUGGUUUGGUGAAAUAGUGCUGAGUGUCUGUGGCUCUGGUGGCCUUCUCUCUCUCUCUCUCUCCCUUCCUCUCACCCUCUCUCUCUCUCUCUCCCUCCUUCUCCCCCUCUCUCUCUCUCUCUCUCUCUCUCCGUCUCGAGUGUGUUUGUGUGAGUGUGAACGAGUCUGCAGUGUUUUAUAGAUAAACCAAUAUCUGCACUUCCUGCCUUUACUCUGUAUUUCUCACAGAAGUGCUCCACAAGGAGUUCCCAAUAAAGACCUUCUUCUUCCCCUCUCAUCUUCUUCUCAUUUAAUUUCUUUAAUGACCUCAUAAAAAGCGAUUAAUUCAUCAGCUGUUCAACAUUUGAUCCAGGGCUCUCUUAAUCUGUCAUACUGGAUAUUGCUUUUGGUUCUUUACAGCGUGAAUGAAUUUAAAUACAUGUUUACAUCAAACCUUCAGUGUGUUUUACUCUUUUCGACUUGCUGUAAAUGCUCUGUAAUGAAUAGCACAGAUUAGAUGAUUGGUCUGAUAUAAAGCUGAAAACAAUGUCAUUACAUUUCCAUAAAUAACUACUUUCUAUAAAUUGAUAACAUCUUAAGGUUUACUAGAAGCUUGUAUGGAAAGUUGACCUUGCUUUCAUUUGUCUAAGCACAGGGUUUUUCAUUUCAGAAGUCAUCUACUUUCAUCUCCUCUCGCCUCAGCAAACUGCAAAAUACCAAACCGAUGUAGGUGGGACCAAAAAAAUAAAAAUACCAAACAGCUUCCCAGAAAUACUUGACUUCACUCCUGCAAAUCAGUAGCUGAUGCUUGGCAACUGCGUGAAAAUAAAGUCUCCACUGCUGGAGGGAGUUAUCUCAGUGGGACAGCUCUGGCCCAGCCGUUAAUGUUGUCUCCUUGGACAUCCCUAAUUUCAUCCUACUGGCUAUUUUCGAAGCAUAUAUGUUGACUUUUCCAGAUGCGUACAUGACAAAUACACGUAACUCAAAUAAUAUUUGAUGACGAUUUUGUUCUCCAGCAGCUCAGAGGACUAAAGUGAAACAGAGCAAUUAUUUUCUUAUUAGUUACAACUACGCUUUUUUAUGCCAAGUUCAAAUACCAGCUGUGAAGUACAGGUCCUUGGCACUCUGUGAGAGUGUGGGAUUCACACCUGUGGUUAUCUACUGUGAAAGGGUAACUUUACCAUAUGCUCGAUGACACAGCACAUCAGAAUAUUCCUGCCCUGCUCUGCUGUUUGGCUUUUACUAUUUAAAAACUGCAGCUUGGCUUUACCUUUCAUCCUUAUCUCUUAUCUUCAAUGCUACCAAAUGAUUCAUGAUUUGGUUUAUUUGCUCUUUGGCCUUGAAGUAUGCAGUUGAUAAGAAGUUAUUUUGCACUGCUUUAAGGAGGACUCUGCUGUUUUUACCAAGAGGAAAUCUGGUGUUGAAAAGAGGCAAACAAACAAACAAAAAAAGAUCAUUUCCUUGAGUGUCUGUUUGAGACUAGCUCCAAAAGCUGAGAAAUUCCUGUUGGGGCCAAAAAGCAAAAUUUUGUUGCACCUAAUGGAAAUAAUCAAAUUAUGAACAGUGUCCAUUAGACUGCUUGCAGAACACCUAAAGUUCAUAAAUGGCUCUUGGGGUUUAAAGUUCAAUAACUGAAUUUGAUUGGACUCUUUAUCACCGCCUGAGGUUAGUUACCCAAGAUUCAUCAGCUGCUGCUAUCUGAGCUGCUACACCUUAGCAAUAGCUGAACUCAUAACUGGUGAAUGAAUUUUGCACUGUGUGUAAUAGAGGCUUCAGUUUUUUAGGAAAGAGGAUUAGGGCCAAAAGAAAAGAAAAAAAAUCAUUACAUGGGGGAGAUUUUUUUUAUUUCGAGGUUAAAAAAACAAAAUUACGUGAAUGAAGUUGAAAUUUCGACUUCAAUCUUAAGAUUUUAAUUUUUUUAUCUUGAAUUUCUGACAUUAUUCACAUUGUUUUGAUAUCUUGUAAUCUCGAAAUUUCGACUUAAAUGACAAAAAUUUCAAUUUUAUUCUUUUAUUUUAGACUUAAUUGACAUAAUUUGAUUUGUUUGAUAUCAAAAUUUCAACUUUGAUCUCAUUCCUUUAAUUAUCUUUUUUUCUCUUCAUGUGGCCCUAAUCCUCUUCUGUAGUUUUUACUUUGAAAAAGAGGAAUUUAGGGAAUUAAAGAAGAGAAAUGCACACUUUGGCCUCGCUGAUCUUGACCCCUGUUAUAACCAAUCCUUGUAUAAGAAGCUGAUGUCGAGGAAACGCUCUGGAUUUCAGAUAACACAACCAGCUGAUCAUACUGUUGGUCGCCUGUUAUAAUCUGUUUGUUAAAUUGCAUUACCUGUCCAAACCGAGGUAUGAAAGCUAUUAACAACUCCUUCAUUUUUGUGUGUGUGUGUUUAUAGGUGCUGCCUCGCCAGACGUGUGGCUUGUUUACUCACACCAUCUACUAUAAGGAAUACCCUGGUGGCCCUAAAGAGCUGGACAAAAGCAUCCGUGGGGGAGAGCUGUUUCUCACUGUGCUACUCAACCCAGUGAGUCACAAACCACACACACACACACACUCACACACACUCACACACAACAUCAAACACACACUUUGCACACGCUAAGGGAUAUAUAAAGUAAGAACAAGGAGGACUGUUACUUUCUAUUUUGAUUUUUGCACCUUAAAAGGCACCAACUGGGUUUUCUACACUCUCAGUUAAGGUAACUUCCUCCUUGUCUGGUUCAUUCUGUUUCAUUUUUGCUUUGUGUGUGUGUGUGUGUGUGGGUAGGUGUGUGUGCGUGUUUGUGUGGGUGUGUGUUUGUCUCUUUUCCUGUCAGAGGCUGCUUCUCACUGUGUAGCUGUGUUCAUCUCCCCACUUUAAAUUAGGUCUCACCACAGGGGGUUUGCUGUCACACACGCGCACACACACACAAACACAUGCGCACACGUCCACACGUUCUCCUCCCUCUUUUUGCUUACCCCUGCUGUGUGUGUCAGCUCAACUCGAUUCUGCUUUGAAUUAAGGAACAGAAUUAGGUUUUGGUGGCAGUUCAGAUGCUCAUCCGAGUGAGCACAUGCACGCACACUUUCAAAGGUAGGCACAGAAAUUCCCAGGAAACAUUCCCAAACAAUCUCUCUCGAGCUGAAACCACACACGUGCGCUCGCACAGACUCACACAAAGAUGCUCACAGACCAGCAGCAGGGCUGUAUUGAAGUGUCAGGUAGAGGAGUGCUGAACUAGAGAAGCUGUCAGAACUCAGUGAACAUCAUAGACUCGAGCACAGCUUCCUACUACAACCCAAUCUAGCCCUUUCUUCUCCCGGCACCACUUUGUCUCUGUCGUUUCUCUUUUUGCUUGUCUAUUCUUAUUUUAUUGAAUUUGUUUGGUUUCCUGACAUCUUUGUCUUUGUUUCAUUCUUUCUUUGUGUCUGUAAUCCGUCAUCUAUUCUUUUAUUGUUUUAUUUAGUUGGGUUUUAUUUUCUUUCAGUCUGUCUCUGAAGUCGGCGAUCCCCUUUUUCUUUCAUUUUGCGCAAUCUUUCGCUGCUUCAGAUCUGCAGUAAUGCAUGUAAUAUGCAUAAAGAUUUUGUGUGAACUUGUUCUUCUACCCUCAGUUUAAAAAUCUGAAUCUGAAUGUUAAAAAAUCUUACAAAUGGCUGUUUUUGCUGUUCUUAACUUCUCUGCAGGUUACAAGAGAAACAGUCUCUUGUUGUAUGAUUUCCACCAGCUGCUACAAUGAUUUCUCUAAUAACAGAGAAAGAAGGUGGUUUGCCUAAAAUGAUUGUAUAUUAUUUUUCCAUGCAUAGGCUCCGGUUGUAUUUGAAGAACAUCCUGUAAAGUAUUCUUCCAGUUAAUAAUCCAAAUUUGUAUGAACAUAGACAGUGAAAGGGGGAAGCUGUUCCUGACAAAUUGUUACCUGUGCUCACAGACGUCCCUCGCAGAGCUGUUUAACAUGCACCAUAAACUCAAUUCUGAUGGUGGCGAAUGUUUUUGUGACCUUUUGCAAAACUCUGUAAGCAUGAGUGAACAAACACAACAACUGUUGAAGAGGGGCAGUCAUGAUUUACAAUAUGUUUAGAUUGAGGAUUGAGGAUGGUAUUGAGGCCCUAUAGAAAAGAAAUACAAAGCUUUUCAGUUCCAGCAGGAUGCUAUAACUUUUAACUGACUGCUUUUAUUGUAUUUUUACUAAUGAUUUUGGGACGAUUAGAUUAAAGAUGCCAAAUCAUCAAGGCAUGGGGCAUACAGUCUGUAAAUUAUCAGUGACAUGAUCAGUUUAAAUGGUGAAUAUUCAACUUAUAUGUGCAAGUGAUGCUUUUCUGUACUUAAAACCACCUGGUAUACCAUAAGAGUUAUUUCUCAAAUUUCACCAGCUUCAUAAUUUCUUGAUGCAAAAUGGUCCAAAAAAAGGAUGAUCCAAACAACCUAUUUAGUGAUUUCUACCCCUGAAAUUCUCCUAAGUUAUUGCACAACUCUCACUAUUUGCAUAAACAAGCAGUAUCAGUACGAGUGUAUGGGCAGGUUGCAUUUCAUAUUAAGGAAGUUUGACAUAUUUCAGUUGAACUGCAGAGCUAAUAUUGUGUAAUUGUGAUUCAGUAAAUUCCACUUUAAGAUCAGCGUUGAAUUGUUAAAACAGCAGUAUGUAACUGUAAUAGUAAACACACUCUUCUGACCUAGUUUCCUUAUUUGAUAGAUGGCAGAAUGUAGUUGAAACACAAAUCAAAAUUAGCAACAUUAGAGAGGGAAUGUUGAAUAAAAUAUGAGUAAUUCAAGUUCUUGAGUAUCUGUGUCAACAUUGAAAAGCUACAAUAAAAUAGGAAAACUACUCCAUGAAAGAGAUUGAUUUGCAAUAAUAAAGGCAUGCUGUAAUUAAGAGAGUAAUAUAUACACUGUCUAUGUUACUCAUUUUGCAAAAUCCAAAUACGAGCAGAACGAAAGGUAAUUCUGACUCAAGGUCCCUACAUCAGUCAGAAAACAUGCAGUGUAGCUACCACACAUACUUCAUACAUAGUGUCAUGAAGGCCAAUGAAACACUGGUUCUGUAGUGUGACUUUUCACAUACUGGCUUUUUCUGCCCGUGAACAUAUUCAGUGUUUACCUGUAUGUAAGUGUGUUUCCAUGAGGAGUUGGCUGGGCGGAGCGAACAGCACAAUCACUGAUAAUUUCAUCUAUUGGAAAAAUGUAUGCACACUUAUAUCAGAUUUUUUUUUCAAAGAUUCAUUUAAAAUAAAAAUAAAAUGGGUUUUCCAUCAGUAGCUUAACAUAAUAUGGUCCUGAAAAAAUAAUAUAUGUUUUUUUUAUUUCCACUAAGAAGCUGGUGUCGAACAGUGUAGUGUUCUUGCAUGUGUGUUUGUGUGCAGAAUUUGUGUGUAUAAGCGUGACAGCAGUGGAGCAUGAGGAAGAAGUUGCAGCUAUAUGGAAGUGUAUCACAUCUCAGCAGUAAUUUUUUAAUGAUCUGACUAAUUUGGUACCGGAUUUCACACAUUAAGUGAUGAACAGCCCUCCUAAAUGUACUCACUAAUUAAGAAAUCUCACAUUUUGUGUGUUAUUUUACAAAGUGAAUUCUGCAGAUAAUUUUAAAAUGACUUACUCUUCUUGAACUGUUUUGUCCAAUACUUGCUGUUGUAAGAUCAGUGUUUUUGUAUAAUAUUUACUUGUAUGAGAGAGUUUUAGGUCAGAAAAUAACACCAGAUUUUUGAAAAUGUUGUUUUAAUUGAAAUCCUUUAGACAUUUAAUAUACUGUACUAUUAACCAGAGUGAACUAGUGCACUGAAAGGCUUUACUAACUCUUUGUCUUUUGAUGGAUUACAUGAUCUUUAAAGACCCACUCAGAGGAAAAUCAUAUUUUUCUUGUUUUUUAAUUGUUCAUAUGACAUUUUUCUGAUGCUACAGGACAUACCAUGAGAUGUGCUUUUCUGAGUAUUUCUUCAUUCAAAUCGCUGUGAAUCUCUGGCAGACCCAAACGGCAGGUUCAGAAACAGUGAGAUGUCAUACGUAAGCAAUCCAGACUCCGCCCCCGGAGCUCCACUAUGCAGGCCACACUCUGCAUAUAGAAUAGAAAUACAGAGGAUGAUCGCGGGACAAGCAUCUGCGUUAGCGGAUUGCAAUGCUCAUAAGAAAGCUAAUUAUUAUAUUAGCUUUUAUUGUGUCCCUAAAGACAUUAGUGUCCGAGAGCUGAAUAGCUCCUAUGUUACCUGCCACUUCUACUACCCCGGCAAUAUUAGGCUGCAAGCUAAUGUGAAGACCAGUGUGCAGAGCAGAGCAGUCUCCGCCCACAACUCAGUGGCGAAUUGCUAAUGAUCUACUGGAGCUCUGCUGAAGAAAAGUGCUUGAAAAUGACACAGGUAAUGCAAUUUUUGGUAAAAACUUCAUAAUCACAAUUGGAGUGGGACUUUAAAUUCCCCAAAAAUAUUGUUUUUUAAAUUUUUGGGCAGGAAAAAAAAAAAAAAAAAUCCAAUGAAACGUUAAUAAUAUAAUGCAGCACCUCACAUUUCCUCCUCUGUCAAAAUAGGUCACCCAAUCUUAGUUUCAUAUUGUCAUCAUUAUAUUUUCAUUGUGGCUUUUGCGCUUCUGUAAAGGGCAUUAAUGACAGAAGCCUCUCUAUGAGGUUUUUUUUACACCUGCAUAGGUGUGUGUGUGUGUGUGUGUGUGUGUGUCUUUUGAUGAUUGCUCAAAUGACGAAGAACCUAACAAGGUAUCUGCGCUCAUCACUGCUGAUGUCAUCUCGACAUGAGCUCACAAGCCACAAGGGAUACCUCUGCGUGCCCAUCUGUGUGUCUCUGUUUAACACUCACUCAAACACACACACAUCCUGGCUAAUUACAUUUUUUUCUCUUUCCUCAAUCUUUUGUCCUCUGCCUCCCUUUUUUUACAUCCGUGAAAUAAGAUAAAUGAGCUCUCCUCUUGUUGUUUCGCUUUGUAACAUGAACUCUUUAACUUGAGAGCGUUUCAAGCGCCAAAUAAAAGCUGUUCGCCAUGACAUACAGUCAAUUCACACACUUGCAUGAUGAUUUAUUUUCACCUCUUCCCACUAUGUUUCUAUCUUUAGAUGAAAAGCCGUUAUUAGUGUGACCACUUUGUGCGCCUAAUCAAUAGUGUUGUGUGGCUCACUGCUUUAGUCCUGCGGGAGUUUCCUAUUGUUUUAUCAUCUGCACGUUGGUAACAUUGUCACUUCCCAUUCACUGAUUUUUAAUCACAUUUAGCCUGUGGUGACAGUUCACUACUGAUGACAACAAACUGAUUGAAUGUGCGUGCGUGAGCCUGUGCCGCUUGUUUGCGGGCGUGCGUGUGCAUGUGUCCGUGUGUGUUUGGAUACUUUAGCAUCAUUCCAGCCUGCAUCAGCGAUCAUCGAACUCGCCGUCUCGCAUAAGCUCGGGAAUCGAUUCGACGACCUCGCCUCUGCAAACAGCCAAUAGGGCACAAGUCAGUCCCCAAUAAAUGGCCAAAGAGACAGUGAGAGAGAAAGAAUGGAGGGGGGAGAAUAGCGGGAGGAGGAGGAGAGGUGGGGGGGUGAGGAGGUGGCAGACAGAUUGAGAUUUAAUUUUCAGGUCACGGCAUCUUGUGUCACUUGAGAAUCCAGACACAUACAGAGAGGAAGUGAUGCACAUACGGGCGUGCGCACACACAUAUCAACAAACACACAGCCGUGCGUGUGCUUGUGUGUCAGCACCCCAGCAUCUGCGUACGUGUGCAUGAGUACGUUUUGUUUAAAUUUGUGUCGAGCUGACAUAAGCAGAGCUGUAGACAUAUAUCAGGCCUGACAUUUAGCGCUUAGCUCUGCCACUAAGCUUAUUAGCCAAACACCAAAUAUCAGCACAAUCUUUCUUCCCCCCCAAGACCCUCUUUUUUUUUUUUUUUUUUUACCCAUCACCCCCUCCCUUUCCCCUCUACAGCUCCUACCUCUCUUCUUCUUCCUCUUCUUUCUUUCUUUCUAGAGCUCUUGUGGCUUUUCCUCUCUCCUUUCCUUUUUUCUUCUCCGUCUAUUUCCUUUCAUUUUAAACCUGCUAAUGUUGACUUUGCUCACGAGUGGAUCUCGCCUCACUUUUUUUUUUUUUCAUUUCACUCCUUCUUUCUCCGGAGUCAUGCUGAUUGCCACCGAAGGCUUUGGCAGCUCAUCAGCACAUACAGACUCUCUCUCUCUCUCUCUCUCUCUCUCUCUCUCUCUCUCUCUCUCUCUCUCUCUCUCUCACACACACAAUAAGCUGCAAUCCAAACAGAAGGAGAAAUUACAAAGUGAGAGUAAAGCACUGAAAGACGAACGGAAUGGAAAGGGCCAGAAGAUGUUGACUGGAGCAGGCUGAAUAAAUUGAAUCGCAAUCAUUUGCCGUGUUGAUGUUCAGCUUUCAAUUAUCCACUGAUCAGAAAGAAACAAAGAUGAAGUGAGAGAGAGGGGGGAAAGGCAGAAAGGGAGAGAGUACCAUGAUGAUGGUGGUGGUGAAGGAGAGGGGAAGAGCAGUGGUGGUUGGGGAGGGAGGGGGGGUCCUUUUAGUAGCAAUAACAGUUCAAUCAAGGAGAAAUGUAUGUGGAACUAAGUGGUCUGUAAUGGGAAAUGGGCGGCUUCAGGCGGGGGAGAGUGGCAGAGAGACACAGACAGGGAGUGAGAGAGUGGUAGGCAAGAGGCAAAAGGGUACACCGAUACAGAUAGAGCAAAGGCCACUGAAACAAGUAAUAUCUCAAAAUUGCAAUCAUGUCAGGGAGGAUUGGACCAUGUCACAAACUCAAAUACAAGACCAGUGGGUCCUUUUAAUCCUUCAAGACAUGGUAUUUGUGCGGUUUCUGUGCACGCGUGUUCAUGUGCACCCAAAUUUUGGAGAGCAUCACUCCACAAGCUUCAUCAGAGCAUCUAGGUCAGCGUGACAAGGAAAAAAAGGGACCUUUUGGAGUACAUGAAAGAGCGAGAGCAAGACAUUAAAAGGAUGAGAAAAGACAGGGGAAAUGAAGCUAUGAGGAGAGAAGACAAGGGACAAAGAUUAAAACAGGCUGUGGAGUUGGAGGGGGUUUAUUUCUCUUGUUUUUUUUUUUAUAACACUUCUCUCCCCGCCAAGCUCCGAGUAUAAUUUGAGCCCAAUUCUGGUGUUAAAUUAUUAGUACAGUAUUCUUUAUUAAGGACGCAUAGGGGGACUCAAAGCAAUCCAAUAUUCAGGAAAUGAGUCGUGGCACCACAUGCAAAGAAAAGGUUUAUGCAGCUCAGUUAAUUGAAUUCUUAGCCACGGUGAGUUCCUCCACCAAAAGGGUCUAGAAUCCCUCUGCGUCUGAGAUUAACACUCUCUCAAGUACAGUUUUUUUUUUUUUUUUUGUUUUGUUUUUAAUUCAGACUCACCUACCAAGGUUACACUCAUCAUCGUUCCCUUUGUUAUUCCUUUCUCUGUACUUUUUUUCCCCCCUCUCUUUUUCUGCAGUCUUCCAAUUACAAAUACAAAUCACCCUCUCUACCCCCCUUUGUUUAAUUUGGCAGCGAGUGUCUAAGCUCUGCAAUGAAUGUUCCAUGUUCAAUAACACUCGGAUUCUCCUUCUCAUUCACUCCUUCUCUUCAUACACACACACACACACACACACACACACACACACACACACACACACACACACACACAUGCACAUGCAUAUAUAUACAGUAUAAUACCCUGUAACCCCUCAUAGCCUGAGUCACACAUCAUAAGUCAUUGAGAGGCUUGGAGGAUGAAACAACAUUAAAGGGAUAUUCCACUAUAAAAUUAAUUUAGGGUCAAACACACCAUAACACCGAGUUAGACACCGCCUCAAGAAAUGAAUGUUGCUGACCGCUUGCUUCUCUAGUGAUACCAACGUUAGUAAUAGCCGCACGAUAGCAAUACACAGCUGUCUCAGGAACCAUGCACAAACCUCAACUAAAACGCCACUCUAGCCACAAAUAAUGCUCAGAACAGCACCUAACUUCAUCAACAGUACAUAUAGGGUCCCAGCCAUAGUACUAGCCACCAAACAUCUUUUUAACUUUGCCUGAUUUCUUUAGCAAAGAGACUUAAAACAACUCACCCACUCUCUUCCAGCAGCCGCUUUCUUGUAGCGAGACCUCAAGUGAGUCCAUUACAGACUGCUGUGGGGUGACGCAGCUCAAGGAAGAACAUUUAUGAUCAUUUCUUCCUGGAAAUGCAAUCAGACCGAGAAGCUGAGGCAGAAGAACUACCGCGUCUGCAGUGCGAAAUGAUUAAUAUGGUGAUUAUUACUUCAAGGAAAUGAUAAAGUAAUUAUCAUAAAUGUUCUUCCUUGAGCUGCGUCACCCCGCAGCAGUCCGUAGUGGACUGGCCUGAGGUCUCGUUACAAACAAGUGGCUGCUGGAAGAGAGUAGGUGAGUUGUGUUUAGUCUCUUUGCUAAAGAAAUUAGGCAAAGCUAAAAAGAUGUUUGGUGGCUGGUACUAUGUCUGUGACCCUAUAUGUACUGUUGAUGAAGUUAGGUGCUGUUCUGAGCAUUAUUUGUGGCUAUAGAGUGGCGUUUUGGUUGAGGUGUUUGUGUGUGUGUGGCUCCUCAGACCGCUGUGUAUUGCUAUCGUGCGGCUAUUACUAAAGUUGGUAUAACCAGAGAAGCAAGCGAUGGGUAACAUUCAUCUCUUGAGGGGGGGCCUAACUUGGUGUUACCGUGUGUUUGACCCUAAAUUAUCUAACUUACCUAUCCAUUUCAAGGGGUAGGUAAGUUAGUAGCAUCCUAUCUGCUUGGGUUAGAUUUGUUUACAUUUAAAGUGUAUGAGUCCAACACCUGUAUAUUUCAUAAUAUGCCUAUCCUGCUCCUUUUUGCCUUGCCUUAACUGCUGCAGCAAGCUUUGGGAAACAUCCCCUCUCACUCUCAAAUGUGAAAAGAUGUUUCCAGUGAGACACUGUCGAAUGUAAUUUUACACAUUGCCUAAGAGUAAGCUCUGCAUUCAUGCUUCAAAGAGGGAUGUUUGGGGUUUUUUGACAUUACAAUUUAGAGCUGAAGAGGAGUGAGCGAACAUUUCUUCCUGGCUCUCAUAGCUGUUGUUCCUGUUUGAGCGCUCGGUGAAGCCUUGACAGCGGUUCCACAUUGCUGCUCUAACAUCAGCCAGAUUGAUAUGAAGCAGGCGAGGCUGGAGGGCACACUGCUGGUUUGCUUAGAGUGAGCGCAAGAUAAGAAGGCGGUGGCAGAUGCACACAAUUGCACUGGCAUAAACAAUUACGCACACACACGCACUUAAAAAAUGACUCUGACAUGCAUACCCUUGCUGCUCUCUCUUCUUUCUCUGUUGCGUUCUUUGUCACCAAGACACACACAAGGAGCCACACACAUCUGUCUUCUUCCUCCUUCACCCUCCCACAGUGUCUCUCACACACACACACAUUCCUCACAUCAGUAUUCUGAACAGCUUUCCAGGUCGACCGGACACUGAUCCAUCAAACCCCGACACUGUGUCGCUUUGUAUCUACGGGAACCUUCAGCAUUACAGCGGAGCAGCGACAGCCCUCUGUCACCAAGAAAUUCACUGUGCAUGUAUGUGUGUGUGUGUGUGUGUUUGUCUGUGUAUUUGUGUGUUUGCUUUCAUAAGCCAAAAACACUGAAACACAAUAAUCAGCCAUGCACACACAGACACACACAUGGACCAACCACCAAAUAAUUCAUAUCUUAAUGGGUGAUGUUACCGUUCCUUCCAGACUCUUCAUGUUCCCAAGCUUCUCCUCAAAAUCACAAAAGAUGAAUGUGUGUGUAUAUGGGCAUGUGUAUGUGUAUAUGUGUGUGUGUGUGUGUGUGUAGCAGCUAUCUAAGCUUGUCUCUUUGAUCAGCCUAUAAAAGCAUUGAGGCGUGGACAGAUAGCCCAGACCAACACACUAUCGCUCCUUCACUUCCCCCCUGAGUCUCUCCUUCUCCCUCACACACAUUAACCGUCAUGAACACACUCCCGACACACUUCCAAACACCCUCCCUUGUGUGUAGCUGCAUCUCCCCAUCACCCAGUGGCUAUGUGUGAGGAGAAUUGAGCUGCUUCCAUAGCUUCUUUAUCUAUCAGGAGUACUGAAUAUGUCCGCUCCAGUUUAUCUGCCCUCCUCUCUCUCUGUACUUGAAACUGUAUUGCACUGAAAGUUAAUGCAUAUUCUUACAUAACUAAAGUGAGGCCGUCACUUUGCAAAGCAAUAGCAAAUAUUGAUGCUUGGACGGCGGCUCUGUUAGUGACUUCAAAACUGUCACACACUGAGAAAUAAUCUGUUUGCUUUUUUCCACUGCAGCCACAGCAGCAGUAAUUAGAUUUACUGCACUGCUUCACUUUUUCACACACAUUGGAAGUUUGGAAAUGAGAUUUGACUUUAUCUCAGUUUUAAGCAAAACAAUGAGUUUAUUUCUCCUCUGUCUCUGUUUCUCCACUCUAGAUCAGUAUAUUCAUGACACACCUAUCAAACUACGGGAAUGAUCGACUGGGUCUGUACACGUUUGUCAACCUGGCGUCCUUUCUCCGCUCAUGGACGAACGUGAGACUCCACACCCUCCCACCCCUGCAGCUUGCACACAAGUACUUCCAGCUCUUUCCAGAACAAAGGAACCCACUCUGGCAGGUGUGUAUGCACAGGCUUUUGCCCACAUGCGCUGGCUUGUGCUUUCUUGCUCUUUACAUUUCUAACUGCAGUUCUGCUAAUAAGGAUAGUCGUGUUGUGUUGGUUCAAAAGUACUCAGAAGCGAAACAGAUUGGAGGAGCUAAGUGGGUCUUUCUGUUUUACCGUGCAAUUACUCAACUUGAGUGUUUAUUUCUUUUUUGUACGGUGCUGACUUUUGCAUUUUGUUGCAGGAAAUGACCACACUUGGACAGCAGAAUGUAUUUGUAUCUUUAUGUUUUAGCUAACAAGGUUUGCGACUCAUCAAUUACACGAGCCAAGCUGCAAAAGGAUCCUGCUUUAUCGUACAUUUUUCUCUAAAUGAGACCGUUGUUUCUGCCCAUGUGGUCUACUAAAGGUGAUCGGUUUUGUCUUGUGCCACUAGUUCUAUCAUGUACACACAAGAAAGUCACCUAGUGCAUGAGAAUGAGUAAUAAUGUGUUAGUGGGGCUGUUGUCUGUGCUGUACCUUUGACUACAACAACCAUUUAUUGCGACAGAUGCUGCCCCUUAGACAUCUUUGUUGCAACAUCAAGCUAAAACAAUGUUUGAAGUGGAUAAAGUAGUCUUUGUACUAACUGUGAAAAAAAUUUCCUUCAUUACUAAUAUAAAUGAUGAAGCUGGGAUAAUAAAAUUCAUCGCACAAGAUAAAUUAAUCACCUUUAUGCGGCUUCAGGGGUUUUGUUUCACACUGUGCCGUAUCAAACUACACUUUUAAAGAAGAAGCAGUCAUUUUCUGAACUAGCUCUCCACAAUAUAGUGCUCCUAUUCAGCUUUACUUUUAAAACCAAGAGGCUGAGUCUACCCUUUACAUUCAGCCUGUGGUAUACACUUUUAAUUGUUGCGGUGUUUUUAAUGGAGAUCGAUGAAUUUUUGUGCAAGGUCUAGCAAUUGAUUUAGAAAUCUGUCCAUGUUUUUUUGUUCUCUGUUGUCAAAGUUUUUAGUAUUUAUCAAAAAUAUGUUGCAGCCUUGUUCCGGUUGUACUUCCAUGGGAGACUGCAACAGUCUUAUACAUGAUAUAUUCACAAUAGCUUCAUUUAAUCAUUCUUUGUGACAAAUCCCGCUGGAUGUAUGGGCAUGCCUAGGCCUGGAUACAUGAUCUGCGCAUAAUUACUCGAACAGACUAAUCCUAUAUUUUUCUCUGCCUCCGCAGAACCCAUGUGAUGACAAACGACACAAAGACAUCUGGUCUAAAGAGAAAACAUGCGACAGGUUACCAAAGUUCAUGGUCAUAGGCCCACAGAAAACAGGUAAGCUGCAAAAUCAAACACAUUCAGACAUGCACAUGUAACAAAGGCACACCCUAUGUGUGCCCAGGUGUCUGGAUCCACAGCAUCAGAGCCCAUUCAUUUAAUCCCCUUUGCUCCUUUGGUCCUGUCAGAGAGAGACAAAGCAGGAGGCUCUUACCUCCUUUCUUCCACCCACAUAUAUCUGCUUUAGAUGCAUAGAGAUACAGUACUGAGCCACCAGCCUUUCCCUUUCCCCUUUACUUUGUCUUUGUCCAAAAAGAAGACGAGAUCAUUAAGAAUCUAUAUAAAUGUUACCUGACUCCACACUGUUGCCUCCAUGUGAUUUCCGUUUUUCUAAUUGCUGACAUGAGGUGUGUGAAAUAAAGAGGUCCUUUAACGCCGCUCAAUUACCAGGUGCUAAUUUCUGAAAUAGGCGGGGGGAUCACUGUGGCAGCAAUUACAGUACCAACAACGGUCACAUUACAAUUAAAUCAAAUUGUAUACCGUAUGUGCACAGCAUGUUAAAAGAUAAAUAGUAAACGUAGAGAGCGCGGGGUUGUAACAUGAUGUGUGGGAGUCAGUAUGUGAGGGACGGGGCAAGAAAGAGCUGCUGAGGGUGAGACAGAGGGCAUGACCAAAGCUCCUUUGCUGAUUGGUGUCAAAUGGUCUUGAAUCACUUGAUGGCGAGGCCUGUGAUCUUUGCAGACACGCACACACAUACACACACUCACUCAUAGUGUGUACUCAGCAAGAUAUAAAUCUCAUGGAGGGAAAAAUCAUCCAGUAUGGAUCACUGGAUGACAGCUCUAGCACAUACUGAUCAAGCACACACACACACAGACACACACACACACAUGCGGACUACUCUCUGUUGAGCUGAAUUAAUGAGCCGGUUAUGAAUUAUGCCCUUUCUUCCAGGAACGACAGCACUUUAUCUCUUCCUGCUCAUGCAUCCCUCCAUCUCCAGUAACUUCCCCAGUCCUAAGACGUAUGAAGAGGUCCAGUUCUUCAACACCAACAACUACCACAAAGGAAUUGACUGGUGAGAGCACACACAAACACAACGUACACUUACACCUUUCUUUAAUUUCAUCUUCGUGCCUUUGAGCAUAAACCUAAGGUGAAAAGAAAGAUUGAAAAACAACCUCAUUUUAUGGAAAAGAGGUUGUAAUCGACUGAAAUGUCUUUGUGCACUUCAAGGAUACAGUUUAAAGCAGUUCAACAAUAUCUUCAAAAUGAUCUUUUAUGGGUGCAAACAUGAGCCAACAGACAUAUGGCUGCCUAAAUUGACCCAUAAUGGGUUACUCUGAUGACAGAAACACAGCUGGUGCAUUCACUGAAGUCAUCCGGAAAAGACUUAUCUCUGAAAAUUUGUUAUAAAACACUGUUGAAAUUGUGUUGUCACAUUUGGACACAUUGCCUUUGCUCUGAUUACAAUAAUAACUUGUGACUUUGUAGCUUGUGCCUGACUUUGAAUAAAAUAGCAGAAACUUUGGUUGGUGGUUAUACUUUCAUACAAACAGCGUUCUCCUCUUGGUUUUCUGUGUGUCGCAGGUACAUGGAGUUUUUCCCUGUGCCUUCUAAUGUUAGCACAGACUUCCUGUUUGAGAAGAGUGCUAACUACUUCCCUUCAGAGGACUCCCCACGGCGAGCUGCUGCCCUGCUGCCAAAGGCCAAGAUCAUUACCCUGCUCAUCAACCCCUCUGACAGGGCCUACAGCUGGUAUCAGGUGCUUACACAAACACACAAUAUAUAUUAGAUGCGCAUGACUGAACAUGAGUUAUUUUUAAGUCUCUAUAGCUGCCUGCUCAGUCAUUACAUGCCUCGUGUUUGUGCAAAAGACAAGCUCUUUAUCCAAGAGUGUCUUUGGAUUCUGAUUUCACUAUGCUGUUGAUUUAACAAGUCGUUUAUAUUUUAUGCCAUGAUGUUGAAAUGCAUCAAGAUCCUAAAUAAUUUGCUUUACUUUCUUUCAUUAAUAAUAACUUUAUUUAUAUAGCACUUUUCAAAACAGAGUUACCAAGUGCUUCACAACAUAAAAAAACAGAGUAGAGGUAGAGGUAUGACAUACAGCAGCAGACUUUAAAACAAUUUCCAAAACAAUUAGUAAUAAUAAAAAAGAAUAUUUUGGAAAUUAGGGAAAAAGUGAAUGUUAAAAGAUUUUAAAAUGAGUUAAAAUAAUAAUAAUAAUAAUAAUUGUAAAAAUAAUAAUAAAAAUGAAAGAAUAUAUUAAAACAAUAAUAAUAAUAAUAAGAAGAAGAAAAUAAAAUCUGGUUAAAAGUUAAGAACUAGUUAAGAACUAACUUAAAACUCAUAUCCAGUAAAAGCAAAUUUAUAGAAAUGAGUUUUUAAAGAAGUUUUAAAGAGGAUAAAAGGAUUGCCAGUCUGAUCUCCUCAGGCAGUUUGUUCCAGAAAGCAGGAGCCCUGACAGAAAAAGCCCUUGGUCCUCAGCCUGGACUGAGAAAUAGUCAGCAGACACAUAGCUGAGGACCUCAGGGUACAGCCAGGCUGGUAAAGUGUGAGGAGAUCAGCGAUGUUCCUAGGGGCAAGUCCAGACAAUGCCUUCAAAGUUAUUAUUAAGAUCUGAACUGUGAGCCAGUGGAGGAGGUCUAUAAUAGAGUUAAUAUGCUCUCUCUUUUUUGUGUUUUGGUGAAGAGUCUGGCUGAUGCAUUCUGGACUAGCUGUAGUUUAUUUAGGCACUGCUGUGAUAGACAGAAAUAUAGGGAAUUACAGUAGUCCAGGCGGAGGGAGAUGAAGGCAUGUAUGACUGUUUCAGUGUGUUUUCUGAGAAGCUAGUGACUGAUUUUGAGAGUCCUCUAAGCUAAUGAAAACAUAAUUGAACCGAUGAAUUGACGUGCUUCUCCAGAUUGAGGUUGUUAUCAAAAAUGACUCCAAGAUUGUUGCAUCUGUUAGAAAUAUUUGCUAAGAGAGGCUCUAGAUGUUUAGUGAUGUGGGUGUGUGCAGUUUCUGGGCCAAGAAUGAUUACCUCUGCUGCAGGACGUUGUGGGUCAUCCAGUGUUUAAGGUUAUUAUGGCUAAAAGAGAAGUAAAGCUGGGUGUCACAAGCAUAACAGUGAAAAUCUAUGCCAUGUCUACAACUCACAUGUCAAAGGAGCAACUGAUAAAUUCAAAACAGUAGUGGUCCCAAAACUGACCUCUGAGGCACCCCACAUACAAAUUAGCUCUGGGUGACUGUGAGUUAUGAUGGCAAGACGAAAAGACCUCUCAGUCAGAUAAGAUAAAAUAUAAAAUAAUAAGACAUGACUGUCAACAAUAUGUCAACUAGACUGUUAUCUCACUGUCUAUAAAGUUGACACUGAUGGUGAGCUCUCUGUCUGCUAACCUUCUCAGCAUCAAAGAGCUCAUGAGGACCACGCAGCCCUGCAGUUCACCUUCUAUGAUGUCAUCAGUGCGAGACCAGGAGCGCCAGCUGAGCUCCGGUCCCUCCAGAACCGCUGUCUUAUCCCGGGUCUUUACUCCACACAUCUGGAGAGGUGGCUCACGUUUUACCCUGCUAACCAGGUUUGUAGAGUAAAAUAUUGGAAUAUAAGCAUGAUAAUCAUUUAUGAUGAAGUGCUUUCUAGAAAGAAGUUUCAGACAAAGGGCUGGUGAUGUGGAUAAAUCAUAAAUUUGAAUAUUUCUAGAAAUGAAUACUGAUAUGUUUGGUGUAAUAGUACAUUUAUGAAGUAAUAUGUUGCCUCGGUCUUGUCACCCCCUUCCCGAAUUGGACUGAUUGUGUUUAUUUUUAUUUACCACAAAUAUCACAAUAAUAGUGUUAUCAUAAUAUCCAAUAAUUGUGAGGUGAAUAUCUGAUAUCGUGACAGUCCUAGUUUUAAGUUGAAAUUACAUAUUUGAGGUACCAAAAAGACACUAUUAGCCCUUUAAUGCCUUUUGUAUCAUAUUUCAUACAUACUUUUAUGAUACUUCUUUCAAAUCAAUGUGAUCAACCCCACCUGAAUACUGUCCGAUAAAUUAUAAAAAUAUCCUCUUGUGGUUUAUGAGUUUCCAAAAACAUCUAAUGUAUGAAACGAGAUAAAUAUAUGUAUUUGUUCAAUUUUAAGGACAUUUUGAAAUUUUUGGUUUUCAGUAGUAAUUGUGAAAUAAACAUUUCAGCCCUAAGAAAUUUGAAUUUUCUGGCCAUAUUUGUGGUUUCAGGCAAUAAGGGGUUAAACUAUAUCUAACAUUAGCAUUAAAUCACUUCUGACCGAACUGCAGUGUUAUAAAGUGACACAAAGUAUAAAAAGGGCAUAUAUUUUUAGAUAUCUAUUAUUUAAGCUUACCAGUGCUAAUGUUAACUAGCAAAUGUCAGCUAAGAUUUUUUUUUUAUUGAGAAAGGAUAUCUUUGAAGUUUGGUUGAUGUAGCUUACAACAUAAAUAAGUGGCAAUGACUCGAUGCUGAUUUCUCUUGGGAUAUUCACGACCAGUAGCCUCAACAGUUUCUUAUCAGGCCAGGAGUUGUGAAAUGAUAAAGAUUUGUCAGAUUCCUAGACUUGAGAAUUUGAUAUAGCAGUACCACAAGAUACCAGUAUUUGAUCUUCAGUUAUCAGAGGACGGUUGGUUAGAUAUUUUUGUGUUAACCUGCAUAAUGGUAUAAAUAUAUCUGUGUGAAGGUGAUGAUCAUAGACGGUCACCAGCUAAGGACGGACCCUGCUGCAGUGAUGGAUGAAGUCCAGAAGUUCCUGGGAGUCACUCCUCACUUUAACUACUCCCAGGCCCUGACGUAAGUCUUUCCAGCUCUCUCUCUCUCUCUCUCUCUCUCUCUUCACUUCCUUAAAUCCCUGGGGUCCAAUAGGGUAAGGGCACCUUUCACCUGGCAUGUGCUGAGAUAAGAACAGUGCACAGAUUCAAGCUGUAAAAGGACUUCAGGCUCAAAUUUAUGUGAAGCCUGACAUCUACUGGUGAACAGCUGGGACCUAAUGUUAUCAUAUCCUCUUUGUCUUUGGUGCCAGGUGGUGUCAUCCUCUGAAACGCACAUCAGACUGUGACAUCACCUGGCACCAAUGAUCACCCAAAAGCAGAUGGUCACUUCACUACUCUCUUUGAACCAUCCUUUCUUACACUCGUACUCUGUGAUCACUACAGAGGGAGCAAAGACAAAAGUGUAUGACGAACAAGACACAGUAAGACAAAAAAGGAGACGAAAAGAAUGGUAACUCUAUGAAUGUAGUUGGGGUUUUACUUCAGAUAUGACAUUUUGAAGCUUAAAAAAGCAGACAUUUUUGAAUAAAGUGGCAAAGUAAAGGAACAAGAAACAAAGCUACAAGCAACAAAGCAACAAAGCUACAAUAUUAGUGAGAAAUGACUUAAUAUCCCUCAUAUUAAUGGUUGUUGGUGAUAACAACAUUAUAGCCAACAGUCAGACUAACGGCAUUACUUCCAAGUAUUCAUUAAUUAAAAAUUGACCUUGCUGCGACUGUAUAGACAAUAAAAGUUUGUUUUUGCAUUAACAAUAUCAUCUUUGAUUUUGCCCAAAAUACACUGAGUGUGGAGGUGUGAGCCCACUGAACUGCUGGCCUGGGAUCAGAUCUUUACAGAGCCUUCCCUGUCCCACUUACAAUGCCCGUCUGUCUGUGUUACAGCUGUCUGAAUAAAUAAAAUCACGUAAAGGUUAGUUCACUGCACAUUGUCUGUGUAGAAGAACUGAAAGAUGCCAUUACCAGGUGCAGCACCAAAUAAUUGAUGUGGUUUAUAUGAGUUAAGCAUUAUUUACUUUCUUGUUAGUUCAUAAAAAAGUUAUGAGUCCAGUACAUUUUAGGUAUUUCUCAAAAACGUUACAAUCCUAUUUCUUAAAAAAGUAUAUAUGAUACAUUUUGGGAACAAUGCAUGCUGAUACGAAUAAGUAAAAUAUACUUGGAGGAAAGUCUGGGAGCAUUAAUAAUACUCAGGAUAAUUAGCUUCCCUCUAUUUCAGCUCAUUCUCUCUUAGAUAUUUUGUAUGUGAGUUUUAUUUUUCAAGCACCACUCAUCAAAAUGCAAUCUGCUUGCAGGCUCUCAAAUCUCCAGACAGGGACAUCGAGAACUUAUAGCUCCGAUUGGGACACAGAGUGCCUCUGUCUUGAAUCACAAGCCCCCGUGCAUACAAAUAAUUCGUAAAGAGAUGCUUUUGACAGAAUAAUAAGGGAGAAGUGUGUGUGUGUGUUUGUGUGUGCGUGGGUAUGUGUGUGAGUGUGUUUUGGGUGAAGACAGAGUCACACAAAAGCCUAAUCUUUCUUUUCUUCCUCUCAUUCUUUUGACAUGGCAGCCGUCUGACAGAUCCUCAACACUGGAGCCUAUUUAUUUAAUCCCCUUCUCCUUUCUCCCCUCCUGUCCUUUUGGGAGAAAAGUGAAGGAGAACCACUUAACUGAUAUUUCUCUUUUAUUCACACACACUGAUGCAGAUAAAUAACUGUAUUUGUAUCCUUCAGUUACAUCUAUAUCAGAGCCUAUACAAAACUGCUGGAUAGAUGACAGCAGUGUACCACACAACAUCUUUUUAUGCUUAUUUAGCUGUGGAAAUUUACUGUAUAACUGCAUGUAUUGAAAAUUACAGAAAAUACAUUAUUUAUUAUAAACAUAUGGGCAAUUAAACACUGCAUGUGCAGUCAUGUUAUUACAUUUACAUAUAUAGAAAUAGAUACAAUUUAUGUGCCUGCAAGGAUUUACAUACAUACAAAAUAUAUACAAACGCUCAUUUAUUUACCACCAUGCUUACCCCUCACAGGCUGUCAUAGAUUCUGCUUCAGGGUGCAAAAGUCGUCUAACCGAGUGCACAAGAGAGAAAAAUGUGGGGAAGAGAACAUGAGGGGUGACAUGCAGCAAAGGGUCAUGACCACUCGUUGAACCUGUAACCGCUACAAUGGGGACUUGAGCCUUUGUAGAGGCUGCAAAUUUGAUGACAUAUCUCUGCCUUUUGUGGGUUUCAUUUUUUUUUUUUGCACUUAGUCGUGAAUAUAACCUUUUCUCAGGGGAUGGAAGUACACCCCUUAGUGAUAAAAGAUGGUCAGCUAUGCCAUUCCUGUAGUCUCUUUGUUAUGGACAAAUGUUUUAACUGGCUUCCACUUUUGUUUUGUCGAAGGGAAUUUUAGAUUCCAGGAUAGCCCUCUUUGUUGCAUGUUCUCUUUAGUGGAUGGAGGCUUUUCAUCCGAAAAAAAAAAGACGCAACGAAAGAAAGAAGAGACGCUAUAUUAGAUUCUGUUUUUCAAAUCCAUUGUCACACUUGCAUGACACUAGACGGCCUUAAAUCAGCACAAAAUAACAUAGCCACUUAACUAGUAAAAACAUCAUUUUUACAAUACUGUGUGUCUGAAGUGAGUACAGGAGAAUAAGCAAGGGAAUGACAAAGAGAGAGAUAAAGAGGCAGAAAGAGCAACCGAGGAGGAACGUGCAGAGGCAGAGCGAUAGAGGCGGAAAGAGAUGAGAGGAGACAGUGUGUCGGUUGCAGAGACACCGAUAGCAACAGAGUAGGAGAUAGACAGAGAGUGUGCUGAAUGCAUACUGACAGUUAUGUGAGUGUGAGUGAGUGUAAGAUAGCCUCACUAUUUCAGCUGUGAUUCCUUCAAAGAAGAAGAAACACUGCUUUAUACCGAGCUAACCUCUCAUUUUGAAAUGUUCUCUGUUUCUCUCUCUCUCCGCAGGUUUGACCCUCAGAAAGGCUUCUGGUGCCAGCUUCUUGAGGGAGGGAAGACCAAAUGUUUGGGGAAAAGCAAAGGGAGGAAGUACCCUCCUAUGGAGCCAGAGGUAAGCUUCCAUGUUUCAAUUAAAACAGAUUUCAGCUCACUCAGAGUGAAAAUGAUGUAUGCAAGUUGGAGAAAAAGACAAAUAAUGAGGAGAAAGCAGCAGUCUGACUGACAGUGACAGCCCACAGUACCUUCCAUUGCUGUGGCAAAAUUUCCCACAGGACUCAGCAUUGGGUUGGAAACUGUCAGCCAAUCAGAUUCAGCCAGAAAGUUACAACCUAAUUAUGAGGACUCAAUAGUGACACAACACCCGCGAGAGAGAAAGACGAUGGGGGCUGUUAGGAUGGAGGGAGAAAAUCUAAUCCAUAAAUCUUUGUCCUGGCCACUGAUUCCACAGAGGAGAGCACAGACUGGGGAGACAAUGAAUCACACAUGUGCUCUUACAUGAAGACAAACACACAUGGAGAGACUUUGCCUCCCCAUAUGGCUAAUGGCUGUGCCGGGAUGUCACCUGUAAUUAAACUGUAUUUGAGUUUCUGCCAUGGGGACAGAGGGAGAGCGGGAGGACAGUGGAGGAGGAGAGGAACUCCAGGGAAAGGAGAUAGGGACGGCGGGGAUGAGGGAUGCACACAGGAGGGAGAGAUAAUGGAUCUCAUGCAUCCUUCAUGUAAUUUUCCUCCAUUUCUCUGACCUCUUCUCUCGGAGCUCUGUUCUUACAACCCUGCACUUAGGGCCCAUAAAGUCCCAUUGUGGAGAAUAAAAUAAUCUAUAGAUGAUGGCACAUCAUUAAUCUCUCCCAUUUUUCUUUUUUUUCCCCCCUACUCCCAUACUGUCCUGCUUAUUUCCUCCUCUAAAUAUACAACCUUCUUCCUUCCUCCUCUACUGCAUCCCUCUAUCCUUGAUUUUAUUUCUCCUGUACCCUCUGUCUGCCACAUCUCCUAACUCACCAACUUUCCUUAAUUGUCAUUUUGAAUUGUCUGAACCCGCCUCCCCCCUUUUCUCUCUUCAAGGCACAUGCAUAUCUCUCCAGGUACUACAGGGAACACAACGUGGAGCUGUCAAAACUGCUGCAUCGCCUCGGACAGCCCCUUCCCUCCUGGCUUAGAGAGGAGCUUCAGAAGGUCAGCAGCAUUAAACUCUGGGAUAUUUAUUUCACACACUUCCAAGUCUGAGAGUUAAACAAAUUGAUAUCAGUGGACAGAAAAAGACUAUUUCCCUCUUUAUGUGAAAUGUUGGUAGAGUGCUUCUUUACAACCAAACCACACAGGACUAGCUCAUAAAAAUCAAAGACUGAUAAAAAGAAUUGAAGUUAACCCAGUGAGACUCAACUCUCAAACACUCAGAAAUAUGUUGACAGGGUCGGCCCAUUCCUUCUUUUCCUCUCAGAUCAACUCAGAACCAAUUAGAACAGGUAAAACAAGAACUGUCUGACCUGGAAAGUUUGCCUCCAUGACCCCGGGUUAAUUUGAAUCCAUAUAGCAAAGUUACAGAGUUAAAGUAAGCAGUGAGAAAAAGACAUCAUAAUCUUAUUUAACUUUUGCAAAAGCCGUGUCUUUUCUCUGCCAUAGAUCAAUCUAAGAGGUACUGAAGAGUGAGUGAGUGGUUUUCACCUGACAGGGUGUGCAGGAUCCCGAAAUAAAGCUUACAUUUUCAUUAGCAUUAGCAUUAGCAUUUAGUUGUACACAUAUUCUUGUAAUUUUAGAUUUUAUACAGCUUGAGUUUUAGCAAUUUUUUCUCAGAAUGAAAAGUUAUUUCAACUGUUAAGAUGCUUAAAAGCAAAUAUUUUUGAAGGGGUGAACAAAGUGAAGUCUUUAAUGAUUCAAAAAAAUGAAAUAUGUCACAUGUUACAGGUUUUGCAAAUGUACUCCCUGUAAAGAAAGACAAGAUGGUGUGGUAGUAGAUUCCUCUCUAACAGUUUUUAAUGCGACUUGGAUGAGACGAGCCCCACAGCUGUACUGACUCCAGUACUCACAGGUCUGAUCGUAGGUUCCAUAGAGCUCACAACUCAAAAACUGUACAAAAACAAUCAAAAAGCUCCUGUUUCAUGGUCAAAAUUUUUUUUUGUGCUUCUCGUCUCAACCUGAAUAAAACAAAAAAUGACCUGCGCACCUGUGCCGACUGACCUUAAAAAUUGCGACUCCACCAAACAUCCUCUAGGCAGGUGUAUUUGAAUCUACUAAUCAUUGCAAACAACCAAUUUAAUUACUUUUCAAUCAUAUAUCUUUGGUCUUUACUACUAAUAUAAACUGAGACUUUCAUUUCUUUGCUUAAAAAUACGAUUUUGACAUAAACUAAAAAACGGUUUCAACAUUUAACUUUGUGCAACAACUGAAUUUGGUCUAAAGCUAAAUCAUUAGCUGGUUCUAAACUUAAUUAUACACCUCUGUUUGUAAAAUUGGAGAAAGAUAGGAUCAGCAGUGCUUCAAUAUGGACAUAUCACCUGUCCACAGGCAUUACCCUCUGAUUCAGAUACUGCUCACUUCUUAACAGACAUGUAUCAUCAUCAUGUCCAAAACAGAGUCUGGUGAACAAAAAGAGUAAGAACAAGUACAAUCCAGAACCUAAAUCUGUACUGAUACUGGCGGAAAAAGUAUCAAUGUUGACCCUUAUAGACCACUGUGGUUUUGAGGUCACAAAGCUUUGGGACAAACUACACAAAAUGAGCGACAAAAAUGAAGUGUCAUAGGAACUUUAAAGGGGUAAAUUACUGCUUAAAGUGCUGCUUCUUACAGUCAUUUCACUCUGAUCUUCAUUGAGACCUUUUUAUUUCACAGAGCUUCACAGUUUGCCUUUUCGUCUGAGCGUUUGUUUGUGCUACUCACUUUGUAUGCACUAGAGGGAGCCACUUUACAAGUCUAAUCUGUUUUUUCAGCCCGUACACAGCCAUCACAGUCCUUUUUUUUCUUUUUUCUUACCUGACAUGUGAAUCAAUAACUAAACAGAAUGAAUUAAAUUACUUUCUCCUCCCCGCCUCCCCUCCUUGUGUUUCUCCAUCCCAUCCCUCUCUUGACCCCUUUCUGAAGGUUAGAUAACCUUUGCGUCCAUGAACAGGGGUUAAAGGUCAAGUGGUUCACGACCAGGAAGAAACCCGGAGCAGCACCUGAGCUUCAGAUGCACAUGUCUGCGGCCUUUUAGUGAACCCUGAGGUGACGGCAAGGACAGGGUGCUUUGCCUUACGUAGGAGCUGUGACCCCGCUGGAGAAAGCAGAAGUCGGGAGAGCGCAAAGACACUUUGAUGGGCUGAAACUGAACUACUGAACCAAUAAACAGACAGACAGCUGAAGGAAGUCAAAGGUUCUGGCUACAUACACAACUUAGAGGACAUCAGGACUUGAAAAGAAGAACCUGAUGAAGAGAACUAUGGUAGAAAAGACGCAUCUUUGCAAUUCUUUGAUACCCAUACCCUCUCCUAGGCUGUGGUUAACCCCUCUCUGCAGACCUGCAGAAACUCUGAUGGUUCUUUCUAUGUGGAUUUUUUUUAUUUUCACCUUUGAUUUUCAAUGCCAGAGCAGCGCUGGUCAGCUGUGCGUGGUUUCCAUAGAGAUGACUUUGCACUAAGUUCCAUUCCAUGUAUUUCCAAGACAAAAAGGGAAAAAGGCACCCUGUGUGGUUUUGAUUUACUUCCUCUUUUGGCCUUUUGUUUGUUUUGAUGAGAGUGAAUCAGCAUGGAGGAAAGGUGCUCAGACUCAGGGUGAGUGACAGGCUGUUAUUUUCCGUCAUAAGUUCUUUGUUUUUUGAGUUAUUCUCUAAAUCAAAACUAGUUUCUGGUAGAUUUAUUCACCCCUAGAGAUGUCACUUGAGGCUCUCACUGGAAAGUAUAGACUGGAAAUGAGUCAGUGAAGCAAGAAGCGUUUGCCCACUCAUUAUUUUCCUGUGAUAAGCCAUGCAGAAGAACGUCAUGUCCGUUAAGCGAAGCAUGGAUGCUUGCGAUUUCAGCGCUUACGACUGAGACUUGAGUCCGUGGGAUGAAAGCUGACCGAACAAGCCUAAUGGAGAUGACAGUUAAUUCUACGACCCUUUAAGUAGUUUUUACAACCACAGGCAUCUCUUUUACGUCUCAACCUUUUUAAUUCUUUUUAAAACCAGUGGCCUACGUUGUUGAGUUUCAAUUUGAGUGCAAAAAAACCCUAAAUGUCAAACACGAAACCAAAAUAAAGAAAUGGAGAUGACUGACAACAUGAGGUGUUUUUUAGUUGAUG